GGGACGCGGCCUCACCUUCUCCAAGAGGAGCCGGUGCAAAGAAGGGCGGCGGGCGCGCGGCUAAAAAUAACCUCCUCUGCUGCUGCUGCUACUGCUGCGGGCGGGCGGGCUUGCGCCUGGGAGCAGCGAGAGCCAGCCAGUCCCCGUCGCCGCUGCCUCUACUGCUGCUGCUCCCUCAGUCACUGCAGUGAGUUUGCUGCAGUCCCCCCCUCAAGCUGCGCUCUCGCUUCAGGCCGCCCAUGCUGCAGCCGGCUCCAGCAGGCAUGCUCACCUUCUUCCUAGUGUCUGGUGGCUCCAUCUGGCUCUUCGUGGGUAAGUCAGCCUCGGCGCUCGCUCGCUCGCUCCCCUCCCCGCCACCCCGCUCCUUCGCCUUCCUACGGUUUCUCUCUCUCCCCCCUCCCCACCUAUCACGGGCGCCGCUUCCCAGGCCCCUCGCCGCCAGGGAAAACGGAACAAAAGCGGAAAGAGACGGAGGGUGUGCGCGGGGAGGCUCCUUUUUGGAAAUGACCUCAAUCCAACCCUGCACACCUCUCCCGGCCUCCAUGGAAGCCGCUCGCCUGCGCGUCCCGCUGCUGCUUUGAGCUGCUUCUCUCGGAUCUCCUGGACAUGAGCGCCGUCGUUGGGAUGUGUUUUCCCCCAGACCCUCCGGAAGGACCAGGGCAGGAGAAGAGGAAGGCUGCGAGGGAUGCUGCUGCCUUUGAUGUCAUCCUUCUGCGGUAUUGGGCCCUAUUGUGUGGAGGAAUUUGGAAAGCUCAGCAAUGCUGGGCGAGCCUGAAAAAAAGGGAAGAGAUUACAUAAGUUAUCUGCUGUGAUUUCGCUGCCUGCACCGGGGUCAAGAUGCUCUCUUUUGAGUGUAUAGGAUGAUGCAUAUGGGUGUGUGUAUGGGUGCAAAAAGGAAUCUGCCGUUGUGUGUGGCUGCUGCAUGCAGUAUUAAUGAUGGGUCAAUGUUUUAAAGAUGAUGGGAUCAGACAAAGAGGAUUAGCGGGACCCCGGAAUAGCUGCGAUCCUCUUCAGCGCCUGACAGAUUCAGUUUUAAAUGGUGUAAUCUGCUGCAAUGAUUUGAAAUAGAACACUCUGGAGGUGAGGGAGAAGGGCAGCAUUUAGGAAUCUGUAACUCCUUGUCGUUUGUAGGUGAUGGGUUGAGAUCAACUUCUUUUUGGUGCAGAGAUCUUUGCUGUGUUGAGUGGGUGUUGCUGCUGUGAAGGGAGAACCGUAGUUCACAUGGGCUGAAUUUUCUGGUGCUAAAAUAAAUGCAUGGGAAUUAAUGCUAGGCUCCUGCCUCCCCUCCAUCCGUGUAGGAGGCAACUCCCCUUUACAGCACUGAGGACACUCUGUUUCUCUCCAGGGCAUGCAAAGCCACAGAAAGGCACUUAGAUGUGCCAAUAUUUCCUCUUGUUGGCCUAAGUUGGGGUGUGGGAGGCAUCAUCCAAAUGGCUAGCAAAUUCUUUUCAGCAUAGUGGAAAUCUAGUGGCGCUAUAAUAUUGUGGGAUGGGGGAAGUAGGAAAAAAAGAUUUUGUUGCCACUUCUCAUGUCUUAAAAAAUAUAAAUUUAGGAACUCAUGCCAGCAAUUGUUUGAAGACUUGCUUUUUUAUUCUCAAUAUUUAUGAAACACUUUGCAUGUGCUCAGAGGCUUAUUUCUUUGCUGUUACUCUACACAUUGCCAUGUCCCCCCCCAGCCUUGCUGGUGAAAUCUAUGGCUUGAAGCCAUGACAACAGAGUCCUCUUGCAGAGGCGGGGGGAAAGGACCAAUAUGUAUGAACUGUUGAGGUUGAGGGAACAGAAAGCAAAAUUAGCUCAUUUAGCAGCUCCAGCCAAGAGAGACCCUGCCCCAGCCUAUGCACCGCCUGGACCAGAGCUCUUUCACUUUGUCUGCUUGUAUUGGUCAUGUCAGCUGGCUGCAGAAGCAAAGGCUUGAGCGUGGGGCCUAACGCCAAUGGGGUAAGGCAGGAUAGCUUUAAGAAGGAGAAGAAUAUUUCAAAUGAAUGUUGUUGCUGUUUUAUGUAGCAUUUCUCAGGGAAUAAAGCAUUUGUUCCCUCUUUAACUCUCAUAACAUCUCAUAAUGCUCUGGGAAGUCUUAUUCUGUAAUCUUACAUGGGUGGGGCUAACAGUGAUACCCUUAGCGGUUGAAGCACUUUGCAUGUGCUCAGAGGCAUAUUUCCUUGCUGUAGCUUUACUGCUUACAUUACAUCUGAUCCCGCACAAUGGGUGACACUUGAGAUAUAUGGCUGGGAAUGUGAUCUCUGCUUCGUGCCCAUGUGAUGAGGCGACAGCACAGCAAGGAGAUAAAUUACAACCUCCAGAUCAACUAAUUAUUGCAAGGCCUGGGGGCUGUUUCUGUGAUAAGUUAAUGCUGGUACCCCAAAGAAUUCUGCUUCUAUUCAUUGCAAGCAAACACUCAAAGAUCUAAAACUGGUACUUGGAAGCUAAAUGUUUGCCCAGUCAUACUAUGCCAUAUUCUCUUUUGGGAAAGCCUAGCCAGGCCUCUGAGUCAUGCAGGCAUGGAAUCAAUAAUUGAUCAUUUGUAGUUAAGUAUAGAGCUGCCCUUAGGGCCCCACCCCUUUUACAUAAACUUUUUCUUUUAGUGUACAUGCUGAGGCCCUGAAAUGUAAUGGAAUUGUUGUUUUUAAAAAUGUGUGCUGCAUCUGCCAAUGACCUAUCCUUUAACAUUAUCUCUUCUAGUUUUAGGUGCUUAGUCCUAGGUGGUUAGAAUUUAUUGUGUCUUGUUUUGAGGGGAUGGGUUUGGGGACUCCCCUGAAUAAUUUUUUUUUGGGGGGAGAGCUCAUGGGGGCAGAAGAGGAAACAGAAGUGCAACUGUGCCAACAGAACUCUGCUUUGAAUACAAGCCUAAGUGUUUUAAUAAUUUCUGUAUUUAUUAAACUUCUAUACUGCCCUCUGUCCUGAAGAUCUAGGGAGGUUUACAGACACCCCAACACACAAUUAAAAUGAUGAUAUUAUCAAACCCACCAACUUAAAAUGACAUACAGCAUCAGAUAUAUUACUCCCAUAGCUGUGCUGUUUGUUUUAAAAUGGAAAGGCAGGGCAAAAUUGCUUUUUAUUGGAGCAACUCUGAUGAAAAGUUACACGGCUCAGGUACGUCCAACAAGGCUGCAUGUUGAAACAUUCAAAAGGAAUGUUGAAAGGCUUAGUUAAACUGUGAAAUUUUCUGGCCACUGGUUUGGAUGGCUUUAAAAGAAGAUUAGACAAAUUAAUGUAAAAGCUACUAGCUGUGAUGGCUAUGAUCUGCCUCUACAUUGCUGGGAAUUGCAAGUGGUGACAUCCUCAGUCACAAAGAGCUGUAGCCAAGGAGAGAGAGUGUAACAAUGAGCCAUAGAUGAUGCACUAAGCCAAGCCUUGCUUUAGCUCAGGGUAGCACAGGAGUAAAAAGUGUGGGGAAGAGCAAAGCAGCUGUGAGCCUCUCUCCAGAAGCCCACAAAUGGUGCUGGUAAGCCAAAGUUUGAGGUUGUAUAAACCAUGUCAUAACCAUGUUUUCAACACCCACCCCAGGAACAGCCCAAGUUUUGGAAAACAGCUAAUACCAAUGUACCAAAAUAGCCAGUGUAGUGUCCUCUAUAUGUUGUUGGACUACAGCUCCCACCAACCCUAACCAUUAGCCAUGCUGGCUGGGGCUGAUGGGAGAUGAAGUCCAACCAGUAGCAGUAGGUGGGGCUGCAUUGCUGCUGUUGGUCACCAAGAGGGGGAAGAGGCAAGUGAGCAGGGAGUUCAGGUUCUGUGUUGGGAGCAUUGGAUUGGCUCCGGUGCUGCACCAACACUGUACUGCACUCCUCACUGUCCGCCCUCUUGACAACCGGCAGUCUUACGCAGCGUUGGGAAGCCAGGCCAGCAGUACAGCCCCAUCUGCAUCCUCAUGCUGGCUGUUUCUGAGUCCAAAGGUUAGGAAACUACUAGAUGUUUUGAAUGAGCAGCUCGUUGUUUAUUGUAAACCAUCAUUCUGCUCACAAAUAUGGCAAAGCUGCUUAUAAUUCUUCAGUGGUGAAGGGAAAGCACUGCAGAUGGUGAGCGUUUCUCUCAUCUUUCCUAUUAUUUUAUAAAUUCCAGCCCCAGAAAACAGAUUGUUUGAAAGAACCUGGUUUAAAUGAAGCCCAAGAGUUUAGCCAGUACUACUAACUUGGUUGGACUUUUAUAGUAUGUGAAACCAGGGGUGGAGAUGCUGCAGGAUUAAUUGAUGCAAUCCUUUAUCACAGGGGCAGGGAACCUUUGGAUUUACUGAUGUUAUUAGACUACAGUUGCCAUCAGCCCAGACCAGCACAGACAGUGCUCAGGGGUGAUGAGAACUGUAGUCCAACAACAUCUGAUGGGACACAAAUUCCCCAACCCUGCUCUAAGACUUGGAGCAUGUUCACAUUCCCACCUUAUAGCACAGUGAAGCUGUUUUCUAUGCAUUUCACAGCUCCCCCCAUCUGUUCACAUAAGCAUGGUUUCAAUUCAGUUGUUUGUGUAUGCACCAGGGAAUGCUGAGGACACAGAUGUUGUUACCCUAAGCAGAGGUGUUCACACCUUGGCUGGAGUCUAAGGACUCCAGGCAGUAUGAUGCUUGUUUGACAUAGAACAGUAGUAGCUCACAAGAAAGUACAGGAUACUUAAGCAUUUUGGACAAGGUCAUGUAAAUCCAGCACUGGAAGCAAAGCCAGUGCAUAGUAAAUGGGAAUGUGAACACAGCCUAAGUUUUAUUGGUUUCUUCUCCCUCCCUUCUCCUUUUAUCAUACAGCUUUAGUUCUGUUAAAUGCUCCAAGGUUGAAGAACUAAAUGCCCUUGAAAAGGAUGAUACAGUUUCAGUGUUCCUCUACAGCUGCUAUAAUGAAAGGGAAGCUUAAACUGGAGAUUUGUAGUAUUCAUGUCACACAUAUUUGUUAACAUGGGUGAACUAAUUAAAAACAUUGGCAAAGGUUAAGCACUGAUCCAUGCUUAUACUGCAGUCCUAUAGCUUACCAGAGAACACUGCCUUCACCCAUGGCACUCCUGCUGUUUUUUUGUUAUUUAAUAAAUUUUUGUUCACUGAAUAAUCAAGAUACAGGCGAUAUAGAGCUUUAUAGCUCAAUUCUUGAAUUAGCUGUGAAAGAGAUGUGAAGCAGUUCAGAUGUUUCAACUGGUGUAAUAUGACCAUGCUAACCCAUCUCUGUUAACAGUUGGGCAGCAGCCGUCUGCACUAGCUGACGUUUCUACGUGGACAUCUCUGCAUAAAACACAUCACAGUAAUCUGAUCUAGAAGUAACUGAAGCAUGAAUGACAGAAGCCAGUCUCUGUCUUCCAGCAGUGUCCGCAGUGGGUGUCUCAACCGAAACUAAUCAAAGGCAUUAUAGGUCACAGGGGUUCUGGGUGUAAUGUCAAGUACAGAAGUUUGCCUAAGCUUCAAAGUGAAUCUUUAGGAACAGUACGAUUCUAACCAAAGCAAUUUAACCUGCCCACAGGUGUCUCACUCCCCAAAUGUUGCCAACUCUGUCUAAUCUGGAUUGACUGUGUUCACUUUCAUCCAGUCCAUCACUGAUCCUAGAUGCUAAUUCAGGGCACCACGGUCUUUGUGGGAGUUGCUAGAAGGGUGAGAUAAAGGUGUGGGGCAGGUAAGGACCUGUAAGGUAAGGACAAUUGGGAGCUUGCUGAUUAGACAGUGAUCCCCACAGGGAUUGGCAACACUAAGAGGUUCCCCACUGGUAACUCCCUAGUAGAGUUGAGAAGGCUCAUUGUCCACAAGCCCCUUUGAAGAUGAGCUUUCAUUGGCAAUCUGCCUUCAUAUAGCCAUGCUCUCUCUGCUUGCAGCAGGUAUGGUUUGGAUGCAAACCAUGGGUGCAAAUGGACUUCAAAUGUCCUCACUGUGACCACAAUUAUAGUAAGACCCUUUUGAAGUCUGACAGGUGGCCAGGUCUGCGUACCUGUCAGUCAUGUGAUAUCCUUAUGACAUGUGAUUGACAGCCACCCACCAAAGUGGAUUUGAGGCUGUUUCUCUCUUGUGCCACAAACCCACUUCUGAACGAAAAGGAGAUAUUUAAAUGUUUGCAGUAAGGAAAGUGAUGGGGAAAUGCACUGGUAAGUGUGGGAUAACAAUUGACUUGAUGCAACAUCAUUUAACCCUCUGCAAACAAAUGAAAAUGAAUGCUUCUGAAGGCAACCCUGUUUAAGGAAGUUUUAAAUGUUUGAUGUUUUAUUGUGUUUUUAAUAUUCUGUUGGGAGCUGCCCAGAGUGGCUGGGGAAAUCCAGCCAGAUGGGCGGGGUAUAAAUAAUAUAUUUUAUUAUUUUUAUUAUUAUUACUAUUACUUGCCAGAAGGAAGAGGAACAAGGUGGUGGUGCAAACACACCAGAAGGAGCUCUGCUGAUGCCUUUGCACUGCACCAACCUCCCUGCUGCCUCCUCCGCUCCCUCCCAGUAAGCAACUGUGAUCCAUUUGCUGGGAAGCUGGUGUAGCUGCUCCACCCCACCCAGCAAGCCACUUCUAAUUGGGUCGCUUAUUAGUUUAAUGCUGUAUAUGUUUUAACUGAUUACAUCAGAUAUGGUAAGCUGCCUUGGGGAAAAUAUAGCAUUUUGAAAGGUGGCUCAGAAAUUUCUUAAAUAAAUAAGAAACUCCAGGGGACCUUUCUCACUGCAAUUCUAAAAGCUACAACCAUUUCAAAAUUUGAAAUCAGCCUUUCUGUCUCUUUAUUCAAAUAAAUAUUUAUAUGCUAAUAUAUGGAUAGAAUAAAAAGUAAUAAUGUCCACUGUGUGGUAAUCAUUGAUGAUCCCAAUAGUUUCUCAUUCACAUAUGAAUAACAGGAAUCUUCUGUAUUUCUGAUAAUAGCUUAAAGUUGGACUUUGAUUAUCCUUUCUUUCCACUAGGGGGAAGUGCGUUCUGCAACUUGGAUUGGUGCAAGCUCUCUUGAGUUUUCCACAGUAAUCUUUUGCAGACUUUACCCAACUGCCCCAUCAGUUUCCCUAGACACUGGUUUACGGACCCGGCCCAGCUGAGCAGGUUCCUAAUACUGAGUUUUAAUUAAAAAGCAGCUACAGGGAUUAAUCGCCAAAAAAGUUUUCGUAGCACCACAGUCCCUUAGUUGGAGUCUUAAGCUAUUGCCAUAAUUAUUAUUUGCCCCCUGUUUCUUAUUGUUCUCAUUAUUAACUUGUGAUGUACAUUGAGAUUCUCAAGGAAGAUUGGGAUUAAAGUAUAACAACAACAACAGUAUUAGUAAUAAUCAUAGUAACGCCUUCAAAUCCUUGUUAUGGGCAGGACAACUUUUAUUAUUGUCUCUCUCCUCUCUCCAAACAUAUAUGAACAGGGACGCACACAAAAAGUAUUUGCAUAAGUUGAGCUGCUAAAGCCUAAAACUGUUUUUGUUGAAUUAGUAAACAUUCAUGUUUUUAGAUGCCCUUUAUAAGAAAUUACAAUUGGAACAGUGUUUUUGUGUGUUUUGGUAAAAGGUUUACAGAGAAUAUUACAUGACUCAGUGUCCUCUUUAUAAGGAUCUUUGUGAAAAGUAUUUGUUUGAAUUUAGUUCUACAACAUUCUUUCUUAAAGCUAUUGCAUUUAUAUUGUUUUUGAUGUUGAGAAUGAAAACUAUGUUACUUAGCGUGUUUCCUUUUGGGCUGGCCAGGAAAUUAAGAGCCAGAUUUGUUGCUUCAAGUCUGAAUGCUGCUUUUGUUUUUGUUAUGGCUUACAGCUAAACAAUAAGCUUGUUACUACUUCUUACUUGAGAGUAAGUCUCAGUGAAUUCUGUGGGACUUACGGUACUUCUUCUGAAGGAUGUAUAGGACAGCACUGUUAAUGGCUUACUAUUUGGUCUACAAUGACAGGAUGUUACUGGAACCUCCACACCUGGUACUGCUGUGGAUUUUAUUUAUUUAAUAGUUUUUAUAUCAUCUUUCAAAAUACAUUUCUGAAGCAGCAUAUAUGAUAUAAAACUACUACCAUUAAAAUAUAUAAUAAAAGAAAUAAAAAUGAUAAAUGCAAAGUAAAAAAAAAAAUCAACAGUAGAGGAGUGGAAAAAAGGAGUGUUAGCAGAUUCAGGUUUUGAAAGCACAACAGAAAAAAAAUUCUGAUGGUUGUGCAAAGGGAGCAAAACAUUGUUAGCCCCUGCUACACACCCACACCCACCUAGAAAACAUCAGAAAGAGAACCCGUUGAAAAUUCAUUUUAAGCCAGUGUCGGCGGGGGUGGGUGGAUGACUGCUCCGAAAAUACAUGGGCAUCAAUUAGUGGUUCUGGCAACAUGAGGCCUGAGGAUUGUGUCAAAACGGCACAUUAUAUUUUCUAUUAGUGGUGUUACUGCCAGAAACAAUGAGAUGUCAAGGGAUGGCUGGUUUGGGAGCUGUAGAUAGAGGGCAGGAUUUAAUAGGAUUUUGUGCUCAUUGUGGUGGUGCUUAGUAGUGCUAACAUCCUGAGGAGAUAAUCUUGAAGUUGUGAAGGAAAUAUCUCCCAAGGUUUCCAGCUAGCAGACAAGCAACAAGCCCAAAUUCAUAUUUUUCCAGAUACCAAAAUUUCCCUAUUAAGAAGGUUAUUUGGAAGACCAAAUGCAAAGUGUGUUUCUGCUUAACACACACACACACACACACACACACACACACACACACACCAUCCCUAACAUGAAUUUAUAUUCAUAAUGCCAGGGAUUCCUUAUAAAGGGUAUUUUAAUAUAGUCUCAGUGAUGCAGUCAUCAGAAUUAAGUGUGGGUAAAGUCCCACCUCAGUUCUGUGGGAUUUGGGGAGCAUGUGUCUUUGGCUCUACAGCAAAAGAAGGCAGGUGGUUUAGUAGUUUGGAUUGUGGCCACUUCCCUCCUCAUCUGAAAUAAAACAUUCCUUUAAAACCAGAUCUGUGCAUGUUCAGGGGUACUGUAUACCUUGAUAUGAUUGGAGGCGACACCAUUUGGUGUUCUGUUUUGGGCAACAGGAACAUAGGACACUCCCUUUAAUUCAUCCGGUUCAGUAUUGCCUGCACUGACUGGAAGCAGCUAUCCAAGGUUUCAGACUCCUUCUCCAGGGGUCUUUCCUAGCCCUACCUGGGAUGCUGGAGAUUGAACAUGGGACGUUCUCCAUACAAAGCAGAUACUCCAUCACUGAGCUAUGGCGGUUCCCUAGAUAAGUUUUGGGCAGCGCUGCUCCACUGCAGCAGCACAUUGCAGAAGAAGAUUAGUAGCAGUGGGGUGGGCAGGCUGCUUUUCAACUAAUUUGUCAUUACUGAUUUUUAUCACUGGGAACCCUUGAAAAGCUUCUAGAAAACCCCAAGGUUUCCUAGAACACAGAUAUAAGCUGGCUAAUUUGCAUCAUUACUCUCCUAUCUUUUGUAUCUUCCUCUUUUUUUCUUUUCUUAAACCUUGCAAGAGGCAUUUACUCUCCUGUUGGCUUGGUUUUCAUAGACAGCUUCAUGUGUGUGGGACUCAUGGAAAUACAUUUUCUAAACCACAUGCUUGCCCUUCUCUCUCUGCGCCCUCCCCCCCACCCCAAGCUAGGCUUGAAUAAUGAAAAUAGAGGCCCAGCUUAGGAGACAGAUGGCAAAACUGAAUUAAAUGAAUAUCCACGGAAAGAGUAACUGAUUUGAACUCAUGCCAAAGGCAAGGAAUUCAACUAUGUUGCAGUGGAAUGGGAACAACAUACAUUAUAUCACUGUGUUGUUGCUUCAGCCACAAAACAGGUGGAAUUUGCUGCUGCAAGUUCCCUUGUAUGCACAUUCCUGAGUGGCUAUGCAAAGUUUGUGAUUAAAUUUAAUUGAAUUUCAACAGUAAUAUAAUGCAGAACAGAAGUGAAAGUUGCUGACUUUCAAUGCAUUCACAUUUUUACUGUUUGAGUUGGUUUAAAUUAAUUUGAGUCCAGAAUGAGGUAGGUUAGGCUGAGACACAGUGAAUGGGCCAGGAGUCACCCAGUGAGCUUCACGGCCAAGUGAGGAUUUGAACCCUGGUCUCCCAGGUGCUAGUCUGACUUGCUCUUGUUACGUAAAGCAUGAUGUUGGAGAGUGGUUUUAUGUAGUGACAAAGUUUGCAUCUUUUAAGAUGAAAUGUAGGGUGGUACAUAUUAGCAUUCUCUAUCUUGUAUGCAAACACAUACACCCACAAAAAAGCAAGUAGUAAGCCAGCCAUUAAUCUAUUUCUACAGCAGAAGUUUAGAAUAAAGCUGAUUACUUUUAAGUUCCUGGCUGGCGUCUGGUUCCAUGAUGACGGCAUCUCCACCAGCACCUUGAGAGAUCUAACAAUAAUAGUUGUUGCUGUUGCGAGACUGAGGCUACAAGAGCCAACCAUCGCUUGCAAUCUGCACCUGCUCUUGUUUCAACAGCACUGCUGAAUUUGUGCUGAUCAUGCCAAAACCCAGGAAAAAUUUAAAAAGCAUCUUCUAUUACUGUCAGUAUAAGGGAUGGCAGGGUCGCUUGAGGUUAGGGGCUCACACUUCUCUUCGUAGCAUUUGGGAUGUUUUGUUCCUCCACUUAUUUAAAAGAGGAGGCUUUGUGGAAAUUUCUUGUUACACAGGUCUCCAGUUCACUGGUCUGUUGACCUCCAGAUAUGCACACUGCUAUGGUUUUCCUCAUUGUAGAUGUCUUUUACACAUGCAGGACUGUACAGUGGUACCUCAGGUUACAUACGCUUCAGGUUACAGACUCUGCUAACCCAGAAAUAUUACCUUGGGUUAAGAACUUUGCUUCAGGAUGAGAACAGAAAUCGUGCCCCGGCGGCACAGCAGCAGCAGCAGGAGGCCCCAUUAGCUAAAGUGGUGCUUCAGUUUAAGAACAGUUUCAGGUUAAGAACAGACCUCCAGAACGAAUUAAAUUCUUAACCCACAGUACCACUGUACACACUAACUUUGAUGAUUUGGGGGACAGUAUGAAAAUGUGUAAUAUUGUUUUUCCUACGCUCAGUAGGCAACAUAUUUCCUUAGUGUGAGGCUACCACUGGGUUGUCUAGCCCUAUGUAAUAAGAGACAAAACUUCCACAAAAUGCACCCUUACCACAAAGCACCUUGAAAACAAAUAUGCUUGCUAAAGAGGCAUGUUCAGAUGAUCAAGUAUUUUUGCCACACUGGAUUUAGGCCCAAGUAUUUAAAAGACCUUUUUUAGCCUCCUGUAUGGAUUUGCAACAUUUUUGAGUAAUUCCUUCCAUUGCUGAAACCCAAUAAGUCAUGUUCGUUCCCUCCCUCCUUUCUCUUCUCUUGUGUGGGCCAGUAGGUUCUGCUUGACACUGCUUGAUGCACUAUGUUCCUUCACAAAGAACACAGAGUAAGGCAGGCAAAUACGGUCCAACUCAGUUUGCUUUUCUGAGAGCUGAUCUUUAUUAUAUAUUCUCUAGACCAGGGCCUCCCAAGCUUUCCAUGGUAUAUGGAAUAUAUAGAUUUUUUUAGAUUUGCCUUGAGACAGACUUUAAACCUCUUUUGUUGACCACCAGCAUUACGCUUUCCAUUUUUAAGUUUGGAAUAGAGUAGUUGCUUUGGAAGAUGAUAAUCAAAGUCCAUGUCAUGGACUUUGAAGACACUCAAACUCAGAAUGCAAGGGAGAAAUGUGCUAAGAGGAAGGCACACUUGGCAAAUCCAUACUGUGAUCAACUCCCGCCCAGGAACCAAUGUCCCCACAGUGGAAUGACAUGUGGGUCCAGAAUUGGCCACUUGUUAAAACCAUGUUUAUGGAAGACAAUCUUACUCAGCUACAAGUUAUCACCAAAGAAGAAGAAGAAGAUAGCACCCUGAACACAAAUCUGGUUUCAGGGCAGUUUACAAAACUAGUUUACUAGAUUAGUAGUAAACUAGUAAAACAGAUUUUUUUAGUAGACUCUGUCUUUCCAAAAUUAUUUUGCAGAUUUCAGGUUAUCUAGGUGUUUGUUUUAAUGUAUGUCUAGGUAGGAAACAUAAAUUAUUUGCUGCAUUUGUGAAGGCAUUUAGUUUCAUAAUUGGCCUUCCUAGUAUACUUGUUGACAAAACAGAGGCGAAAGAAGAUCUUGUUACAACCUUGAAACAAACACACACACAUUCUCUCUCUCUCUCUCUCUCUCUCUCUCUCUCACACACACACACACACACACACACAGAGACUUAAAACUAUGAACCUCCGGAUUGAGUGAACGAAAAUAACCUCUUCGCUGCACUUGAGUGUAAUGCUUAAGCCCUAAUUUUAUUUUCUUCUGAAAGGAUUUUUUGUUGUCCAUUGACAGCAGCUUUAUUCUGGCAGGAUUUUUUCAGCCAACUAUCUGAAUAAUAAUAAUGUUUAAAAAAAUCCUUUCAGUUCACAGGCUGCUGAGGGUGGUGUGAUACUGUGAUCUGCCAACACCAAUUCAGGCUUGUGUUUCAUUCAGAGAAGCUAUUUGCAUAUCCUCUGUUCCCCCUGUUUGCUCAAACACGUCUGAAAAAGCAAAGUUCUCAGCCAUUGAGGUUGAAGAAUGAGCCGUCUCGUAACUUUGCUGAGCUUUAAUACUUCCCAUACUUGUUACUUGUUUUACCAUAGAGGAGAGUUCUGAGGUAUCAGUUAAAUUCAUAACAACUCUCAAGAAAUUAUUUUCCAAAAGGAGAAAGAAAAGCAGCAUUCAACAGAUGGGAAAAGAGAGGGAUGUACCUCUGUCAAGUCUAAAGGCCAGCUAAUUGGCAAUCCAUUUGCACAAACUAAAAAUUUGUAAAAAAAAUAAUACUGUUUGUACCAUAUUAGAAUUAGUCUGCAAAGUGAAAAUGAUUGUUGGUUCUAGGGUCAGGAUGGAUCAACAAAAGGAAAUGCUUUUUCACACAAUGCAGAAUAAACGUAUGGAAUUCCCUACCAUAGCAUGUGGUGGUUUUAGACAAAUUUGUGGAUAAAGCUAUGACCAUGAACAGUUAAGUAGAAUCUCCAUGCUUAGCGUAAUAUUCCACUGACAUAGAGGUGCACCCAAUGUUUUCCUGUGAACAUUUUAGGCACAAAAAGGUGGUAGGGAGGAGUCCAAUUCAUUUCCUGAAAUACCCUCCAAAGUUUUCAUGCAACCAAUCAGAUUUGACUGUGUGAUGACAUCACUGAGGGCAAACAAAGCCAAUUCAGAGUGAGAGCAGUACUUCCUGAAUGUGUCUUGUUUCUUAUUCAAGAAAUUGAAUGCAAAAUUGGAAAUGUUUCUGAAUCUUGAGCAGAUUUCAGGUGAAUCUUGUGAAUAUUCAUUUCAUUGAUGGACUGCCCCGUCCAGGUGUUUUCUUGGUCAGUUGCAGUAUGAAUAUAACUACUUGUUAUUAACAUAGAGGGGCGGAUAGGUUUUACUGGCUCUGUGUAUAGUGUUGGGGGCUUUUUUUAGGUGAGCCCCGCCUCCAUCAAGAUUCUCCUCCACCUCUUUUUGUGCCGUGUAGCAUUCUUUUGUGUGGUUUUUGUAUGCCUGAUCAGACAAAUCAUAGAAUUUUAUUGCUGGAAGGGAACCAAAGGAUCAUCUAGUCCAGGUCAACCUAAUAAUACUGGCCCACAUGACUGCUCUAUCUCAACAUCUUGCAGCACCCAGCAGAGCCACAGAAAGAAGCCCCUGAAUCUGGUGUUGCGUGGUUAUAUGCCGGGGCAGCUGAUGAUAGAACUGAGCUGUUCGAAGACUCAUGGAAUAAGCUUCUUCCCCUUCAAAACAUUUAAUUUGCAUAUGAGGCUGCUAUUAUCUGAUUCCAAGCCUGUUUGUGCUGUCUGUAGGGUCAAUGUAGUUCUUUAGGGACCCUGACAUAUUUCAUGGUGGGUUGGAAUACUGUUGUGAUUGUUCACCUUUAGCCAUGCCUUUUUGAUACUAUUUCUCCCUUGAUUUGCUUCCAUUUGAGCUCUGUUUCCCCUCCCCCUUGUUUCAUUCAAAGGAUUAUGCACAUCUUUUCUCCUUCAUUGAGUGAUCUCAGCUGCACACGUACAGAAAUACUGGUGUGCAUGCCCCAAAUGGCAAAAGAGUCAUGGGUGGGACAAAAACACAUGGCCCAGGUACAUUCUGGAAAGCAGCAGAAUAGCAAUGGAUGGCUCACUUGCUAUGUAAGGCCCUGAAUCUGGAAGCACCCUGUGUGUCUGUCAAGUGGUGCAAGUAAACAGUAAGGGGUCAGAAUAUAAACAGCGGUGCACAAUACUUGUUACCUUGCAAGCCAAGUAUGGUAAAGGUAAAGGACCCCUGACAAUUAAGUCCAGUCAUGAACAACUCGGGGGAUGCGGCUCUCAUCUCGCUUUACUGGCUGAGGGAGCUGACGUUUGUCCGCAGACAGUUUUUCUGGGUCAUGUGGCCAGCAUGACUAAGCCGCUUCUGGCGAACCAGAGCAGCGAACGGAAACACUAUUUACCUUCCCGCUGGAGCGGUAACUAUUUAUCUACUUGCACUUUGAUGUGCUUUUGAACUGCUAGGUUGGCAGGAGCUGGGACCGAGCAACAGGAACUCACCCCGUCGCGGGGAUCCGAUCGGCAAGCCCUAGGUUCAGUGAUUUAGACCAAAGGACCACCUGCGUCCUUUUGCAAGCCAAGUAUAUGAUGUCAAUUCAGGUGUACCAAUUCAGAUGGACCAGGCUUCCGGUAAACAGAUUCCUUUUGUAAUAUAAUUUUACAACAUGAAAAAUGAAGUAUUGUUCAGAGAUGUAUACUCAGCAAUUGCAAUUGCUUUGCCAACAGAUUUUACAGUACUUAACAGUACUACAAGGGGCUAUCAGCAGAGGCAGUUGUAAUACUAUGUGCUAAUUUAUGUGUUUUUUACACUGGGAAGACAUAUUAGAGUAUGAGCACUAAACUCCAAUUCACAUUCAGCCAGUAAUAUAUUUUUAAAACACUGUUUUUGAUAGAAGUUGUUACCCUCUUGAUAUCACAUUUUCAUAUUGUUCCUAACACUAGUGUUAUCAUAUCCAAGCACCUCUGCUGUUAGUGUUGCCGCCUUUUUCCUGUGACUUUUACAUUGCCUUUCUUUAUUAUUUAUGUCCCAUACCAUGAGUGGGAAUGCUUUCAGUGCAGCUGACAGCUGGUACCCCCCCCCCAAAAAAAAAUCAAUGGAAAAGAAUAACAACCAAUUCUAUAUAUAAAAAAUUAGUUUAAAAUAGUUCCAGUACUUACUUUUGCAGACUGGGAUAAGGAUAUCCAUUUAAAAAAUGUGAUAGAGAAAGUCUUCAGCAGGUGCUGACAAGACAAUAGAGGGAGGCAUAAAGGGUGGGUGCCACCACACUAAAGGCUCCAUUCAGACAUGGUGCAGAACAGAUCUCCUGAUAAGAUGGUGUCUGCAAGAGGGCCCUAUCCUGCAGAACACAGUGAGCUCAAUGCAAAACUAAACUAAAUGCAUAAAGGUAAAUUGACCCAAACCUUUUGUAAUAAGGAGGUAAGAAAAAUGGUUGUAAUGACUACUUUGUUUAUAGAUUACAAAUAUUUACUAAGUAUAUUUUUUAAAAGAGAAGAAAAAUUUCUCACCUUUUCUACUCCAUGCAAAGAAAAGCUUCACCGCCUUUGCCUGUGAAGUUACUGUUAAAGGUCCAGAAGCAGGUCUUAUUGGCUACCCUAGAGAGCCAUUUUGGUGUAGUGGCUACAAUGUCAGACUAGGAAUGGAGAGACCAAGUGUUCAAAUCCCCCCCCCCCACCGGUAGCCAUAAAGCUCACUGGGUGACCUUGGGCUACUGACCUUCCAGGGUUUGUCCAGCUAAACAACCAGCAAUUUUCAUUUGGCCCCUGAUGUGGAGGGCUGGGAACACCUGAUCUGAAUGAUGGCUUACUUACUGUGACAGUGACAGACAGUGACUUACUGUGGAUGAGCACCCUGGUAGGGCAUGCUGCUCAAGUAGCCCUUGCCGUGCUCCUACCUUUGUCAAACAGUUUCUAAAAGCAGCUACUGAAAGCUAGGACUAAAUUUAAAGUGCUGAAGCUAACCCAUCAAAUAAAAUAUAAAUUCUUCCUUCCUUAUUCAGCUCCACUGGUUACCAUUAAUAGCCUAAUGAAUGCAUUUUAUUUCUCUCACGUCCUAGCUGCUUUGCAUCUGUGUUCUCUUCCUGCUGCAAUUACCUUCUAUUUGCAUUUUUUUUUGUUUUGUUUUGCUGGUAAUAGCUGUCCUGUUAUCUCAUCCGGUUAUUUCAUGCAGUGAGUAAGGAAGUAUGAGAAAUGCUUAAAUCAGAACAAGCCUUUCAAGCCUCACCAACCUUUAGAAUUCUUUGAGUGCUACAUACAUAUGUAGAUAGGGGUGAUCUGCUAGCCAUUACAGUAUAUAGUUGGACUUCCAAAUGGCUUUCAGCAAAGUUCCUUCCCAGCUGCUGAGUAAACUUAGCAGCCAGGUGCUUUUAUGGAUUUGGAACUGGUUAAAUAACUGGUAGCAAAUGGUUUCCAUAAUGGAGUAAAGAAGGCAGUGGAGUCCCCCAAAGAGCUGGACUAGGACUGGUGGUCUUUUAAUGUUCACGAAUAACCUGGAGUCAGGGAUGAGAACCAAAUUAGCUAAGUUUAAGGUUACAUCAAUAUGAAGAGCUCCAGAAGGAUCUCACAAUACUGGCCUUGCUUACAUGUCACAGUAAGUCGUGAACAUGCAGAUGAUUCCCUCUUUGCUUCUCCCCAGCAGUCAAAACAAGCCACAAUCCUUAGUGCUUGGUGUUAAGUGGGAACUGGGGAUUGUUGAGAACCCAAGGUUUGGCUUUGGCUUUCCAGUUGUGGUUUGUUUGAGCAGUUUGUUGACCAGGUGCUGCUGACUGUUGAUGGGCGACUUCAAGACUUCUCUGUACAGUUCCUAGUCUUGGACUGGACAGCCCUCUAACAGGGGACACCUUCGAAGAGACAAUAGUUUUCUGAGAGCCCCUCCAAACAGAGGAUUGUAAAGUGUGAUGCAUGGCCACUCUGAGCAGGAGCAUAGGAGCCAAAGAAGAACCUGGCUGGAUCAGGCCAAACAGGUCCAACAUCCUGUUCUCACAGUGGUCAACCAGAUGCUCAUGGGAAGUUGGCAAGCAAGACCUGAGUGCAAUGGCAGUCUGCUGUUGUAUGGCAUUAACUGGCCCAAUGUGUGAAUGAGCAAGACAAAAUAUGUGCAAUUCAACAUAAGGAAUUGCAAAACUAUGGCAAAAGGAAGAGAAAAGACUAUUCUAUUAUAUUUACACUAGUGGAGUUUAAACUGGUUGUAUGCAGAAAGAGAGCUAUUUCUUACAUCGGGGAUGGGGAUCUAGCUGUUGUACCAGAUCCUUAUAACCCCAGCCUCAUGUAGGCCAAGUUUGAAAGGCAGGAGGCUGCCUACCUGUCAAUCACCUGACAUCACAAUGGGAUUGGUUGACCACACUUUGAAAUCGAACCACAUAAGGAAAAUCACAGCACUCUGUAAGCUCUGACAAUCAGCUGAUCAUUGGUAGCCGAAAGUCCCUUUUUAGUCCAGCUGCAUCUUUACCUGCCCCAUACCUGGCAUAGAGAACAGGUCAGGUAGGGAGAGCUAGUGGGCAUAACUAGGCCCAUGGACUGGAAGUCCCCCCAUCUGUUCCAUCUGAAAAUGUUAUUGUAUGUUUGUAUCACAGUCAGUGUGAAUCUAUGGGUUGCUUUCUUUGUACAGUGGUAUCUCGGGUUAAGUACUUAAUUUGUUCUGGAGGUCUGUACUUAACCUGAAACUGUUCUUAACUGAAGAACCACUUUAGCUAAUGGGGCCUCCUGCUUCAGCGUAUGUAACCUGAAGCGUAUGUAACCCGAGGUACCACUGUCUUUCCUGUCUUUAACAACAGUCUGUUACUCAGAAGAAAACCCUAAAUUUCUGGCUGGAUAGUUUAUAUAUAUACAGUGGUACCUCGGGUUACAUACGCUUCAGGUCACAUACGCUUCAGGUUACAGACUCCGCUAACCCAGAAAUAGUACCUCGGGUUAAGAACUUUGCUUCAGGAUGAGAACAGAAAUCGUGCUCCAGCGGCGCGGCGGCCCCAUUAACUAAAGUGAUGCUUCAGGUUAAGAACAGUUUCAGGUUAAGAAUAGACCUCCGGAAUGAAUUAAGUACUUAACCCGGGUACCACUGUAUAAAGUAGCAAACCCAGCAGCAAUUGCCAACUUUGCAAGCAGCCACUUUAGGCCUGCUUUAUGAUGUGUAGACAUUAAGAGGUGGUAAUAUUUCUUUCCAUUCUGUGAAAAUGUUUCAGAUGUGUUCUCCUUUACAAAAUAGAGAUAACAGGAAACUACUGCAUUAGUUCAGCACCCACCCUCCUGCUCUUUGUUUUUUAAUACAUAUGGAGCAGCCAUUACCCUCUCUCUAGCGUUAGGCUUGCAGACUUGUAGUGUGUGGCUUCUUUCAAAAUGCAAUGGAGGUAAUUUAACAUCUUUGAGGGUUAUUUGAAGCUAAUUCUAUUUUAACUGUCUGGAGGUGAAGUUAUUAGUUUAUUUGGAGUAAAAUGCACUCUAGAUAAAGUAGCAGUGGUCCUGGAGUCCCAGAAGUAUUGGAGAUCCAUGUAGAUAGUUGAGGUGGCUGUUCCAAUUGGAAACACUACCCUUUGGGGGGUUUUGGGGAGUGGGAUGUGGGUGGGGAAGAGAGCUGCCUUUUUUCAUGUGAGAGGUGUUUAUAAACUGACUAGUGUAAAACUAAGACAUAAGAUGCCAUUUCUUCAUUAACUGAAACACUAGGAAUGUGGGCCAAUUCUGUUAUUAAAGAAUGUUGCAGUCUUUUUAAUUAACUGGGACUUGUCAGGUAGGCAGAAAAGUAUGUUUAAAAAAAGCACAGUCAUUCUCCUUUCUUGUUUGUUCAGAUAGAUAGUAAUGGCACUGUAAACCUUUUUAGUAUGUUUAAAAACUAUAGGGCAUAACUGUUGCUGCUUUUAUGCUGAAGUUGAUGGAGACUUUUGUGUAAUGUGGAAGUUUGUAUAUUCCUUUACCAGUAGAAUGUAUGCAUAAAAGAAUCCCCACCUUAAGGCUUCUGAUUCUUAAAAAGUAAUGUACUGUAAUCAGAAGACAUUCACCAGGUACAACUUCUCUAAGCAUGUAGAUUAUGACUUACUAUGUGUUCAGAUGAAGCAAUUGUUAAAGUCAUGCAAGCAGGAACCAAUUAAAAAAAAAAGAGUAACUGUACAUAUGUGACAACAGCAUUUCCUAAAUACAAACUACUAAACUGUCCUUGAAACACUUGCUCUUUAAAUUUAUGUAAAGUAAACCAAAUGGGAUAGCAAGGGCUACCUACCAAAUGCUAGUGUUAAAAUAUUCCCUAAUCACGUUAGCAAUGAGUAAGCAUUCUUAGUAAAUACCUGGCCAUAUUCUUGGAACAUAGGUUCUCAGCUCCAAACUGAUUAGGCCAGCUGCAAAAGACCCAUAAAAAAAGAAGAGAGGCAGAAAACUUGUUCAUUUCAGAAGUGUAAGCCAGUUGCACCCAUUUAUCUUCGACAUGCAUUUGGUGUGGGGAGGAGGACUUAUCUGCUGGCUCCUGUUCCCAUUUGUGCUCCUGUGUUGAGAAUAUUCCAAGGAUGUUUGAAGAAGGGACUUUAGUUAUUUUGCAAAGAGAAUAAUAUUUCAGCACAUGGCUGACAAUGCAGUCUCAGAAGCAGCAGGGUUCCUAAGCCCCUGCACAAAGGUAAGGACAUGAAUUUAACCAUUUUUUUAGGUUAGACACAGUAAAUAAGAAGCUGGAACUCGAACAGAGCCACAGAAGCACUGCAAUAUCAUUUAAAAGUAUUUCCUACGGAGAACAAUAACAGAGAAGCUGCUAUAUAUAUUUUCUCUUAUCAUAUGAAUAAUUCCACGCUUUGUUUGAGCUAGGGUUCAGCAGCCUCUUCUCCAGAACCUAUUUACACUGCUAGGGUUUAGCCCUGAAAUGUGCAGUAGAAAGUGCCUUUGAGAAUAUGCAGAGUCCUUUUCUUUUGUCACCUAAUGCUCACCAGCAGUCCUUCUCUGUGUUUAUGGAUACAGGCAUAAGUCAGGCAGCUUAACUCCAGGAACUCUUGUGUUGGAAAUUAGCACCAAAGAAGCCUUAUCAUAUGAACUCAGUAGACUUAAAAGCAACAAUACCUCACCACCUGUUGCUAUAGAAAGGUUGAAUUUCUUUAGGUAGUAAUUCCCCAGGUGGCUAGUUGUGUGUGAAUAGAUGAGCACAAAAGGCAAUGUGUUCACCUGCAGAAACAAUGAAUACUUCAUCAAACCCAAAGCAUUUGCUCUUCAGCGGUGACUUUGGCUAGUUGUAAUUUUAAUAUCCUGCUGCAUUAAACAACACUUGACAGUCGGGAUUGCAUGCACUCACAACAGUCUUUUUUUCUCAGUGGGGGAUCUGAAUAACACAACAGGAAGCUAGUUAGCCCUUGAAUGUUUGAUUUCUCCUAAAGAAGCCUGCGAAUUCACACACACCCCAUCUAGCAAAACAUCGUAAUAAAAAACAACAACCAUUGAAUUUCAUGGAGGCAGAAAGUCCAACAGGGCUUACAACCAAGCAAAUCUACAUAGGAUUGCAGCCAGAAGUAGUAUUAAAAGCAUCCUGCAUGUGGUUUUCCCCAGGACAAUUGAUUAUUAAUAAUUCUCAUUGCAUACCCUCUAACAUUUCUCUGAUAAAAAUAGGGACAUCCUAUUCAAUAAUAAUGUUUAUUAUUUAUAUCCCACCCAUCUGACUGGUUUGCCCCAGCCACUCUAGGCAGCUUCCAACAUAUAUAAAAACACAACAAAACAUUAAACAUUAAAAAAAACCUUCCUUAUGCAGGUGUCUCUAUCAGAUGUCUUCUAAAGGUUGUAUAGUUACUUAUCUUCUUGUCUCAGGGGUCGCAUAACUCUAUACCCUCUGAUGACAAUAGGGAUCUCCUACCAUGUCCUGCAACAUUUCUCCAAUUAAAAUAGGGACGUCCUAAGGAAAAGCGGGGCAUUCUGGGAUCAAAUCAGAAAUUGGGACGUCUUCUGUAAAUCUGGGACUGUCGCUAGAAAAUAGGGACACUUCAAGCAUCUGUUUUACAGUGCCAAUUAAUAAACUUGGAAGUAUGAGGCACUUUCCAGUGAUGGAACAGUGUCGUGUGCAUAUCUCAGAUUUAGCAAGUUUUCAGCAAUUGACCCAAAAUACAUUUGCCUCCUCAAGCGCAUCUUCCAGUUCUCUUCCCCACCUAUAUCCUUAGCAAUAAAUUUAAACCUUUGGAUUGAAUAGGGUAUGAAUAGAAGAAUAAUUGCUCUCGGGCCUAUUAAGGUAGCGUAGCAUUGGCCUUAUUCAAUGUAAACAAAACCAGAAAAAUGGGUACAAAUAAUUCAACAAGCUCUACCUCAUAAUGCCAGCUUUUGAGACCUGAAAUGUAUCUACAGCUUGUGGUACCCUAUCUACAGUGGAACUGUGGAAUGCUUUGGAUGGUGGGAUCUCUCAGCCAGUGGUUUCCCUGUCCUCUUUCUAGCUAGGGCUGGUGGGGGUUGUAGUUCAACAAAAUCUGACAAUCCAAAGGUGCCCCAUACAUAUCGGCUAUAGAUGCUUACCUGGGAGCAAGUCCCACUGAAUUCAGCAGGACUUCCUUGUUCAUACAUAGAAUGAAUUACACUGUGAAAGAACUAUAACUUAAGUCAACUGAUUGUGAUGUAAUAAUGGAACAGUUGAGCUGAUCAGUGUCAGUAAAACUUGCCAAUGAGAGCAUAUUUCUGCCACCCUAAAAUUGCCCACUUUUACAGCCUGUUGCUCAAGUAGUGAGGGCUACUACAGAACUGUUCUUUGCUGCUAGGGGCGUGCAACUCAACACCUGCGUGGGAUUCCUUGUUGCCUUCUGUGGCAGGGUGAAUUGUUAAAUGCAAGGUUGUAUGAGACUCUUCUUAAGUUGUGUUAUGACCCAUAAGGGACAAACUAUGCCCAGUUGUUUGCAUGCAGAAGCUCACAGGCCCAAUCUCUGACAUCUUCAGUUAAAAGGAUCAGGUAGUAGGUAAUGGGGGAAAAUUCUGCUUGAGACUCUAGAUAGCUGCUGCCAGUCCGAGUAGUCAGUAUUGGCUUAGAAUGAAGGAAGAUCACUAUUUUUGUAGCAAAGCAUGUUUCAAAGCCUGUACUAUAUCUUGAUAGCAACAUAGUCAGUAGGAAAGGCACCUGAAAUGUACUGUGACAAAUAGGUCACUUGUUUGCUAAUUAUACUUGCUGUCACACUGGCUGCAAUUAAGAAGAUACAAUUAGUCGUACUGGAUCAUUAUGCAUGUAUUAUUACUGAAUCCUCCAUUUGUUCUGUUGGAUUAUGGAUACAGAGUUACUUACCACUUAUAGUAAGGCAGUUGCUGUUUUUUCAGAUUUUUUGGCAUGCUGCCACACAACUGUCGUUAUUCAGCUAGUAUUCCAGAAUAAUGUACUCAAAAAAGUCCACUUUUUCUUCUACCACAAAAAUUUGACUUAUGUGAAGGUUGCAGAAUGGAUCCUCAAGUUUUUCAUUUGUGUGGCGUGUGUACAGUCAUCAUCCUGGUUUCUGUGUGGAAGGGGAUGGGAGCUCUUUUGUGUCUCCCUGCUUACUGUACGUCUGGUUUCCCACAGGCAUCUGGCUGGCCACUGUGAGAACAGAGUAUUGGUCUUGAAGGGCCAUUGACCUGUUGCAGCAGGCUCCUCUUAUGUUCUUAUCUGAUAGUGGAGGGGCACACAGCAGAGUUUUCCCCAGGGAUCUGAAUGAUAGGAAUAUGCUCAUCUGAAGGGCAACCUUCACUAGCCUUAAGGUCGACUGAUGAGAGUGAUUCCAGGGACUGGGUGGCUCCCCUCUUAUGGAAUACCCUCUCCAGGGGUUUGCAUGAAGCCCCCUCCUGAGAGUUUUUAGAAGAGCCCUAAGAACGUUUGUAUUCUAAUCUGAUUUAGGUUAAUUGAUUUUAUGGCACUGUGGAUUGAUGAUGAGGGCUUAAAUAACUCCCUGUUAUUUUAAUGAGACUUAAUGUUGUUAUUGGUUGUUUGGUUGUUGUUGUUGUUUAGUCCUUUAGUCGUGUCCGACUCUUCGUGACCCCAUGGACCAGAGCACGCCAGGCACUUCUGUCUUCCACUGUCUCCCGCAGUUUGGUCAGACUCAUGUUUGUAGCUUCGAGAACACUGUCCAACCAUCUUGUCCUCUGUCGUCCCCUUCUCCUUGUGCCCUCAAUCUUUUCCAACAUCAGGGUCUUUUCCAGGGAGUCUUCUCUUCUCAUGAGGUGGCCAAAGUAUUGGAGCCUCAGCUUCACAAUCUGUCCUUCCAGUGAGCACUCAGGGCUAAUUUCCUUAAGAAUGGAUGCGUUUGAUCUUCUUGCAGUCCAUGGGACUCUCAAGAGUCUCCUCCAGCACCAUAAUUCAAAAGCAUCAAUUAUUCGGCGAUCAGCCUUCUUUAUGGUCCAGCUCUCACUUCCAUACAUCACUACUGGGAAAACCAUGGCUUUAACUAUACGGACCUUUGUUGGCAGGGUGAUGUCUCUGCUUUUGAAGAUGCUGUCUAUGUUUGCCAUCGCCUUUCUCCCAAGGAGCAGGCGUCUUUUAAUUUCGUGACUGCUGUCACCAUCUGCAGUGAUCAUGGAGCCCAAGAAAGUAAAAUCUCUCACUGCCUCCAUUUCUUCCCCUUCUAUUUGCCAGGAGGUGAUGGGCCCAGUGGCCAUGAUCUUCUUUUUUUUGAUGUUGAGCUUCAGACCAUAUUUUGCGCUCUCCUCUUUCACCCUCAUUAAAAGGUUCUUUAAUUCCUCCUCACUUUCUUCCAUCAAGGUUGUGUCAUCUACAUAUCUGAGGUUGUUGAUAUUUCUUCCGGCGAUCUUAAUUACGGCUUGGGAUUCAUCCAGCCCAGCCUUUCGCAUGAUGAAUUCUGCAUAUAAGUUAAAUAAGCAGGGAGACAAUAUACAGCCUUGCCAUACACCUUUCCCAAUUUUGAACCAAUCAGUUGUUCCAUAUCCAGUUCUAACUGUAGCUUCUUGUCCCACAUAGAGAUUUCUCAGGAGACAGAUGAGAUGAUCAGGCACUCCCAUUUCUUUAAGAACUUGCCAUAGUUUGCUGUGGUCAACACAGUCAAAGGCUUUUGCAUAGUCAAUGAAGCAAAAGUAGAUGUCUUUCUGGAACUCUCUAGCUUUCUCCAUAAUCCAGCGCAUGUUUGCAAUUUGGUCUCUGGUUCCUCUGCCUCUUCUAAAUCCAGCUUGCACUUCUGGGAGUUCUCGGUCCACAUACUGCUUGAGCCUUCCUUGUAGAAUUUUAAGCAUAACCUUGCUAGCGUGUGAAAUGAGUGCAAUUGUGCGGUAGUUGGAGCAUUCUUUGGCACUGCCCUUCUUUGGGAUUGGGAUGUAGACUGAUCUACUCCAAUCCUCUGGCCACUGCUGAGUUUUCCAAACUUGCUGGCAUAUUGAGUGUAGCACCUUAACAGCAUCAUUUUAAAAUUUUAAAUAGUUCAGCUGGAAUACCAUCACUUCCACUGGCCUUGUUAUUUGCAGUGCUUUCUAAGGCCCAUUUGACUUCACUCUCCAGGAUGUCUGGCUCAGGGUCAGCAACCACACUACCUGGGGUGUACGAGCCAUCCAUCUCUUUCUGGUAUAAUUCCUCUGUGUGUUUUUGCCACCUCUUCUUGAUGUCUUCUGCUUCUGUUAGGUCCUUACCACUUUUGUCCUUUAUUAUGGUAAUCUUUGUACAAAAUGUCCCUUUCCUAUCUCCAAUUUUCUUGAACAGAUCUCUGGUUCUUCCCAUUCUGUUGUUUUCCUCUAUUUCUUUGCAUUGCUCGUUUAAGAAGGCCUUCUUGUCUCUCCUUGCUAUUUUUUGGAAAUCUGCAUUCAAUUUCCUGUAUCUUUCACUAUCUCCCUCACAUUUUGCUUGCCUUCUCUCCUCCGCUAUUUGUAAGGCCUCGUUGGACAGCCACUUUGCUUUCUUGCAUUUCCUUUUCGUUGGGAUGGUUUUCGAUGCUGCCUCCUGAAUAAUGUUACGAGCCUCCAUCCUUAGUUCUUCAGGCACUCUGUCCACCAAAUCUAAAUCCUUAAACCUGUUCCUCACUUCCACUGUGUAUUCAUAGGGGAUUGUUGGUUGUUUUAGUGUUUUGUAAUUUUGCUGUGCUAUUUUGUUGUAAACCAGGGGGCAAGCCUUGGUUACAGUUCUUGGUUUGUCUGGAGAGAGGGCCAAGUUCAACAGCAGAGGAGGAGCAAAGCAGCCACCACCUCUUCUCUGGGAGCUCACAUAUUUGCUUGUUUGUGCCAAACCAUCGUUUCCUAGUUUGUGCUAAACCAUAGUUUUACAUGUCAAUCAGGCUUCUUGGGAAGUUAAGGAUUCUCAUUGGAGAUGAGAGGAGAGGAGGGGAGAGCAUGGCACCCAAUAUUACAUCUCAUGAUUAUUGAGAGCCUCUGGCACAUAAUAUUAUGUUUGCACCAGGCAUGUGAAGGGUAAAGAUAAACAAGUUUCCUUUCUCCUCAAGAGGCUUAUCAUAGAAUUUUAGAGUUAUAAGGGAGCCCAAGGACCAUUUAGUCCAGCCCCCUGCAAUGCAGGAAUUAUCUGGAUUGCAGUCAGUGAUGAGGACAGAAUAGUUUAAAAUUCCCAAAGAUCUCAUAUGUAACAAAGUUGUUUUCUGUUUUAAUCUCCUUUUUCAAAUUACAGCAGCUCUUGUUUAGUCAUUUUGACCUGUUGAUAACUAGUUUCCAUAGUUACUUUUUAAUAAAGUUAUACAAUAUGAGUGAUGCUGCAAGAUGUAGAAGAGGUUUUUCUGUGGUUACACUGAACAUUAAUUUACACCACAUCUCCCCACCUGCUUUAACUAAGUGUAUCUAAAGAAAAGAAAAGAAAAGAAAAAAGAGUAAGUGCUUGCUUACAAUGCAAUAAAGGGAGAUUCCAGACAACGAUUGGAGGGUGAAACUUUUGGAUGUUUUACAAGAGUUUUACUUCCUGAGUUCCAAACAUUCAGUUGAAGAUUUGUUCAACUGGCAGCAAGUACAGCAGAUACAAAAGAAAAUCAGGCUUGCAUCAUACUGUUGAAACCUCUUUCUGACCUAAUCUCUAGGCCUGUGGCCUGUGUAAUACACAGGGCACUUUGGGUUUUCUAAAUUGUGUAUGUUUGCAUUUGUAUUUGUCAAGUGCCUGACAUUCCUACUCCCUGUUUUUGCAUGCCCCCACAAACAGACAUUGAAUUGAAUGGUUUGCUCAGUUACUAUAUGUAGGUUUCCGAUUCAACUCUGGCUUGAAAGAGCUUCCAACUAGGAAGGACUUAUACUUUGCACGCUGAAGCUCCCAGUUUCAAUUCCUAGCAUAUUCGGUUAAAAGGAUUGGGAGCAGGACUAGGAAAGACCUCUAGUGUGGAUCCUGUGGCUUUUCGACUCCAACUCCCGUUAGUCCCAGCCACCAAGGCCAAUGAUCAGGGAUGAUGGGAGUUGUAGUCCAGGAAUUCCUGAAGGUCCACGAGUCUCCUCUGUGCUGCCUUAAGGCUUUGCAGGAUCACAGCCAGAGGAGACAGUCAUAUGGGGCAACUGUUUGAUUUGGUGGCAGCUUCUUAAGUUCAUUCAGCUUGUUGUAUCAGGCUUGCCCUAACACAGUGCCUUCUCAUGGAAGAAAACCUUGUCUGAAAUCUUGGAGAGCUGUUGCCAGUCAUUGUAGACAAUGUGUGAGGUGGCCAAUGGCCUGACUCUGUAUAAGGCGUAUUUGUUGGUUCCUAUGAUAUUCUGACAGGGCUUUUGCUUACAUUGCUUUGCAGCCUGAGGCAGGGAUAGGGGAGCUUGGCAUGCAAGCAAUUAUUAUUGUUGUUGUUUCCACAACUUUAUCAUUUCCCCUCUUAUUAGUUGAAGAGGUGUUUUCCUAUUGGCAUCCUAGUUCUAAACAAAUUCAUUUUAGUGGAAUUUGUCUCCAAGCAAGCAAUUUUAGGGCCACACCCCACUUUCCUUAGGUAGGCAGAUAAUUCAUGUUCCAAUCCUAUGGAGCCAAAAGGGCAGCCUUUUUAGUUCUGUGUUGCAGGCUUUGCCCUUGGUUGGUGUGCAGGGAUUCACAGUAUGGUGGAUUUUCCAGACGGGAGCAGUGAUUUCAGGACAUCUGUCCCAAGGGAGAACUGGGCGUAGGAAAGAGGCACUCAUGCCCAGCCUUUCAGGGACUUGGAGAGGGUGGAGCUUCCAUUGUUCUUUUGAAUCUUAGUAAGAGUGGAGUGAUGUUGGCUGGCUCCUCAGAACUGCAUCUCCCAUGCUGUUGCUAUUGGUGCUUUGUUAGGGAAUGAGGAAGAGGUAGCUCUGAGUCAAAGGAUAUGUUGGUGUGUGGGAACCUUGAAAGCCCUGUUUGGACCAAGUAAGUAGCUUCAUUUUAUUUCGUUCAUGGUGUUGCGGAGAUGUGCGGGUUGUGAAGAGGAACUUGCUGCACAUGAAUGCCAAACCCUCUGCACUGCAAGAAUUUUUUAAAAAAUCUAAUCUCAGUUGCAAAAGAAGGAGGGGAAUAACAUAAAAAAGGGGAAGAGGGCAAAGUCCUUUUAGUUUUCCCCUUGGAGGAUAAAACUUUUGAUCUCUGAAACAUUGUUAAUCCCUUCUUGGAGUUGCUGGUACAAAAAUCUUACCUCAAAAAGCGCUCUGUGUUAGUAUUUAGCACUGUGUGCCAAGGACGCACUUUGAAACAAACACUUGGGAGGAUGGGAAUCUUUCUAUUGGGCGAUAUUUAGUGCAGAAAACCCUGAAAGCCUGUUGAAGUGCUAUGAUAUGUCACACAUUGGCUGCUCAGUGUUUCUUUGUAAGGAAGAGGAUGUAGUCUAUACAUGAAGAUCCUAAGAUCUGCAAGUAUGAAAAGUAAGUGGUGUGUAUAUACGUUUUACUAAUUUAACAGGAUGCAAAUAGAUUGCCUGGUGCAUUUGACCCUGUUUUGGAAAUUUUGGGGUUGAUCGAGUGAAAAAUAACUCUGAAUGUCAUGUUAACGACAUCUCUGUUUCCCGGCAACAUGCCAGGAGAGCUGUACGUAUAUAAAGGAGAGACGCUGAGAGCAAACCCAAAUUAUAACAAUAGAGUGGAGCAAAUAACUGAAUGAGCAAUCCUAGCAGCAGCAGAGUACUUUUACUAUAAUAGCUUUUCGGAUUUAAAAAAAUCAAAUUAGCAUAACUGUCUACAUGUGUUUUGUGUAUCUAUGUUUGUGCUCCUAUGUAUUUGUCAUCUUUCCAACGAUGAAGAGAUUAUGUUAAGAUAGUGGCAUUGGUGUUACCAGUAACGUAAGAUUUUGCUAAUUGGAUAUCUACUCUUUACUCAGCAAAGUGGCAUCAGACUGCAGCUUCUAAGUAUUUGAAAAGCUUAUGUUGCAGAUGAACAUUUCAGCAAACAGAGGGCUUUUGGCCCUGACCCCUUAGCCUUAGAUAUUUUGGAGGCAAUAAACACUUUGUUUCCUAAGCUCUAAUCAACUGAAACAUGAAUGAACAAACGACACUGCAGACUGAGACAGCUUUUUCAUGCUUCUGCAGCUAUGUGGACUUUGACUUAUUGUGCACCACAAAAAAGCACUGAAGCUUGAGUUGGAAAUAUGUGGCAGUAUUUUUAAAAAAUGCUAGUUAAAUUUGCCAGUUCCACAUUGCCCUGAAAAGCACCAGUUUGCAAUGGUAAAUGUUGGGGUCAGUGCAUUUUUUUCUUCAGAUGGCUGCAAAGGGAAAUUGAGACUGAGAUGCAAAGUUGGAAGUUCAUGUGGUGUAAAAAUUCAACUUCAGUUUCAUUACCCCUUUAGAGUGGCACUGGAUACUGCCAGUCAGAGGAAGACAUUUUUUGAAAGGAUACCUUCCUACUGAUGGUUUUUAUUUCAUCAUAAUUUAGCAGCAUGUAAAGGAAAGAUCAUGAGACUUGCUGAUUCUUUUUGCAGUUGUUUCCCAUCUCUUUUGGCUUCUGCUCAAUGCAGUGAGAAGAUGGGUGCAUUUAUAUGUCAAACUGCUGUUCCCAGGGUUCCCAAGAGCAUAUUAUGAGACAGGAUGGCAGGCUGCACUGUUAGAUAAACUGCUUCCCAAUCAUUGCCUCCUUCACUUGACUUUGAAUUAUAGGCUGCUUUGGGAGCCAACGAUAUAGUGAACCCCCCCCCAUUCCCCCCCAAAGUAGAUUUUAUUUAACUUCAUAUAUCCUGCCUGCUUUUAAUAGGUGUGGGAACCAUCUGGUGGUGUUAGUAGGUUGUUGCAUAUCACAAUUAUAUGAGCAGUCUUAUAUUAGGUCCCAUUUAUUUUAGUGGUAGAGGCCUGAACACAUGCUUACUUCUCCCAUUAAAAUAAAUGAGAUUUAAGAGUGUGCUUGAGGUUGGAAGUAACAUUUACUUGGAUGGAAUGUCCACCAAGUCAAUGAAACACUUGGAAUAUGUUUAGAAUUGUGAUGCAAGUUAAUAGUGACAUUCCAUGUGAGGUUUUCAAUAUCUGCAAUGUUCUCUUGUGCAGCCCAGUGCAACAUUUGCUUGAAGGUAACGUGCAUGGAUUUCAGUUGGAAAUUGCUUUGGAUAUAUACGUUUAGGCUUGCAUUCUUCAUUAUAACCAUAAAUGUAUUUUGGAUUGGAGUAGGAAAUAUAGGAUUGCAGAGGAGCCAUAGGAAGACCCACAUGGCAAUAUGCUACAUAGCAUCAUCAGCAUAUAGGCCACAGGUGAUGAACCUUCUUCAGCCAGAGGACCACAUUGCCUUGUGGGAAGCCUUCUGAAGGUUGGAUGCCAGGGGUGGCUGGAGUCAGAGGCAAAAAUGAGUGGAGCAAUGGGUGUGGCUCUUACAGUAGGCUGCACUCCAGUCGCACAUGAGUUGGAAGGUGGCCGCUGUGAUAACUGGGUACUAGGUUAGAUGGACCAUUGGCCUGGACCAUUGGUUCACACAUUCUUUCUCUCUCUCUCAUGCACACCCACCUCUCUAUUAUUACAUUUCAGCCAGGCAAAAGCACUCAAGGAAGAGAUGAAGCCGGGCCAAUGAGAAGUUUUUUAGACUAGGAGAGUCCUGACAACUGGAUAGAGAGCCCUGGAGGGUUGCAUUCAGCCUCCAGGGCUGAGGUUCCCCACCCUGAUACAGGGAAUUUAAUUAUGCAUUAAUGUUUACAGGAACACAAAUUCCACAAGUUAAUGGAGCCAUCUUUUGAACUUGUAUGCACUAUAACAAGCCCAUAGAUGGCACUGUGAAGAAUUGUAAUGGCCUGAUCUCACUUGGUAUUCAGUCCGAGUGCGGGAAGUCCUCAGAUGUACUGCUGCACACUCUGCGUUUGUGGUGUUGUGUGGGAAAGUGUGAUUCCCAUUUCUAGAAGAAAAAUGUAAAAAAACAACACAUGGGCAGUUGUCCAAUGCAAUAUAUUUUUAUUUGGAUGAGAAUAUAGAGGGGAAGUUUAUCAGAUUUGCAGGUGACACAAAGCUGGGAGGGAUGUCUAACACUAUAGAAGACAAAAAUCAAGAUUCAGAAUUACACAGCUGGGCUGGAGCUGGGGGCUAAAGCAAAAAUGUUUACAUUCAGGAUAAAAAAAAUUAGGCCCUGCAUUUGGGUAAAAAUUAAACAAAAAAAGCAAUGUCACAAAUGUAGAAUGGGGAGACUUGGCUUGAAAACAGAAUUGUGAAAGAGAUCUGGACAUCUUAGGGCCCAUCCACACUUGUGUUCUCAUGAUUUCAAGUUACCGGUUGGCUCAGAGGGUGCCCUCCCUACUUUCCCAAGGAAAACCUGCUGUUUUCUGCUGAAUUGGAAGAAACGUCAGUUGGGUUUUCUGCAGAUUGAUGUUUGUUCUGAUUCAGCAGCAAACAGUGGGUUUUCCCAAGGAAAGUGGUGAGACAAAACAACAACCCCACCUUUCAGACCCUUGGCUUGAAAUCACAGGACAAAGAAUGUGUGGAUGGACCCUUAGUGGAUGUAGCUGAGCAAGAGCUGGCAGUGAGAUAUAGCUGCUAAGAAGCAUACAGCUGCUGCUGCUGCUACCACCACCCAGGAGGACUCCCCUGCUCAGCGCCUGAGGGCCCUAGUCCUGCCACUCACCACCUGGCCUAGGGCAGGGCCUGAUGGGCUCUAUAAAGGACUACUGCUGCCACUGCUGCUUGCUGCUGGGCAGAGAGGGCUCCGUUUUGUUUUGUUUUUUGUUUAAAUUGCUGAUAUUUUUUACCUAUGCCAUUUUAAACUGUGAUAUUAAUGUUGUAUUCUUAGUUUUAGAUUUUGAUUUAUGUGGAAAUUGUUUUCCAUUUGGUUGUGUAUUUUUUUGAUGUGGUUUAUUUAUUGUUUAUGACAUUUGUAAUUAUGUAAAUCUUGUCAUGUUGUAAGCCGCCUUGAGCAUUGUUUUUAACUGUGGAAAGCCGGCAUACAAAUAAAAAACGAUGAUGAUGAUGAUACUGCAAUCUUAGGCCACUUUGGCAGGAGCACAGUGUUCACAUCAUGAGAAGUAAUAACUUUGCAGUAUUCUGCCUUGGUUAAUCCAUACCUUCAGAACUGUGUUCAGGGGUGCCGCAUUUUAAGAAUGGUCAUAGACCAUUUGGAGCAUGUCCAGAGGAGAGAAACAAGGGUGCUAAUGGGCUAAAAAUCUGUGAAGAACAGUUGAAAGGUCUGGGUGCAUUCAGCCUGGAGUAGAGUGGAGACAUUACAUUGGCCUUCAAAUAUCUGAAGGUCUGUCAUGCAGAAGACAGAGCAGACUUUUUCUCUGUUGUUCUGGAGGACUGGAUUAGAACCAAUGGGUGGAAACAGCAGGGAAGCAAAUUUGCCUAUGUGUUAAGAGAAACAUCAUAACAGUAUUUGACAGUGGAACAGACUGCUUUGAAAAGUGAUGAGCUCUUCUUAGCUGGAGCUUGCUGCUGUGCUGCUGUCCAGCUUGAAGGCUUCCCACAGGCAUCUGGUUGCAAGAACACAAUGCUGGACUAGGAGGGCCAUUGGCCUGGUCCAUCUUGCUCACCAUUUGUUCUUAUGUUCAGAGGCCAGACAGCCAUCUGUCAGUUGCAUCUGCAUUAAAGUAGGGAAGGGAUGGGGGAACUCCGUUCCAGGAAUUGUUGUCACCUGGUGUCAUUACGAUUAUGACUAGGUGAUUGACAGGUAGGCUGCCUCAUCCACCUGCUCAAUUUGGGCCUUAGGGAGAUAGGAUCUUGGCCCAGCAGUCUGAAAAUAUUUCCCAACCCCGUUGUAUGCAGUAGCAUAUAGAAUACACACCAGAUUCUGACUGAGUGUGCUGUUUGUGUUUGUAUGUGGAAAAUGGGACCUGCGAGUCUUGCAAAGUUGCCUUACCUCUACUAAGAGUAGAAGAUUACAUCCAGGGUAGGCAACCUAAGGCCCAUGGGCCAGAUGUGGGCCAAUCACCUACUCAAUCCGGCCCAUGGAUCAGCGUGUUUUUACAUGAGUAGAAUGUGUCCUUUUAUUUAAAAUGCAUCUCUGGGUUAUAUGUGGGGCAUAGGAAUUUGUUCAUUUUUUUUUCUUUUCAAAAUAUAGUGCGGCCCCCCACAUGGUCUGAGGGAUGGUGGACUGGCCCAUGAAAAAGGUUGCAGACCCCUGGAUUAUAUAAUGGCAGCAUAUCAUCUAAUUUUUGAGGGUGGAAAAGAGGCUGAAAUUUUCCAAUGGCAAUUCUGUUCCAGUUCUAUCUGUCAGAAUUGGCUGCACCUACCCCAUUCACUAAAGCAAACCUGUAAUGAAAUCCCCGCCCCCACUUUCUUGCCUAUUUUAAAAGGGCAUUUUACUCAGUGUCCUGGGUACAGUAUUCACUGAGGAAAAAAGUUCCAUUAAUUAGUUUCACCUUGCCAGCUAUGGGUGUCUGGUGCAAGACAGUAUCACGGUCGCUACGACUGUGCAGAAAGUGAGUAGCUGCAUGGUCAGCAGGCAUGCACAGUCUCUUGUGCUGUGAAGUAAGCCUCUGGGCCCUAAGAGGCCAAACAAUACCUGUGUUCCUUUAUCCAAGUGUCUGGUGGCCCCCAUUUUGAUGAAGAUUGUGGACUACAAUACCUAUGUGUGCCUGGAUGCAGCUUGCUAGUUUGGUGGGGGUGUCUGACUCUUAAAGGUUAGCGUUAGGGUGAGGGAUGUUAGCUUUGUUAUUUUCUGUUCUGUACUUGAAUUCCCAAAAGUAUCCUUCCUUACACUGUUAGUCCUUUAAUUAUCUUUUUACUGGUAAUCGGUUCUUAUGCUUAUGCUUCUAACCUCCUUAAUAAAGUAUUGCAUUUAUCCUGGUGUGGUUUCUUGAAGUAAGCCUGGCUCUAAAUCUGGUACCUGGCUGCUUGGGGCUCCUGAACAAUUUGUUUGUUUGGGGCUCAAGAGAUAGAGAGUGAGUAGACGGUUUGGCGCUUGUCUCUGUGAAUCUCAAGGAUGUCCAGAAACAGCCUGAGGGCACUAACAGGGAUGAUGGCUGUACUAUCUGGCAGGGUUGGUUUUCACCCUGGUUAUUCAGUAUCCCAUUACAACUCAGGAGAUUGGCAUCCAGGGUUUGGGUAGAACAUUCCUUGGGGGUGGGAGCAUUAGCAGAUUUGAGUAUUCAUUCUCCCCAUUUCUACAAAACCUAAUUUCUCCUAUCUCACCUGUUGGAUGCUGCUGCUCUCUGCUAGCUUGACUCAGAUGGAGUUAUUUUUGUGUUGUAAGUAUUGGGCCAUGUCCCAACAUGGGGCUGCAGACUCCAGGCCGACUCAGGACAGGGUCAUUGUCAAGCUGCUCUUAGACAGAAAAAAUCAAGAUUAACCUUUCAAUGUGUUGUCCUAGUCAGAAUAUCUGUGAGCCACAGAAAUGAAGAAAUCAGAUUUGAAUUAAAGAGAAUAGCAGUAUAAGUAGUUUAGAAGUAUUGAUUUUAAAAAUAUAUUCCAAAGGUGGGAAGAGAGAAUUCCAGGUUUGUUUGCUUUUAAUAUAAACAUUUGUUUUUAUUCUAUACCUAAUCUCCUCGGUUUAUUGACAGCAUUCCACUACAGGGUUUUCUCCUUUUACUUGAUUGUGUGCACAGCUCCCUUUAUUUAUUAAAUUCUGGUCAAAAUAUGUCUUUAUAUGGCUCCAUGUAUGAAUCUAUUAGCCCAUGCAAUUGAUCAACCUUGGCUUCAUUUGCCAAGUUCAUUACUGACUCAUCAGAAUGAAAAAGAUGGGAGAUAGUCAUAGGUGCUGAACUAUUCAAAGCUUCAAAUGGGGAAAAAAGAAUCUGAAUUCUUAUUUAAUUCAGUGGCAGAUACACCUAGGAUGUUUGCUUUUCUCCCCUCCCAACUGGCACUACACUAGAAUAUUUCCUCCCUCCCCAACAAUUUUAAGGAGUAUGUGGUAAACUAACAGUUCUCGAGGUUAAGCACGUAAGGAGAGCCCUGCUGAAUUGGACCAAAGGCUAAUCUAGUUCAGCAUCCUGUUUCCCACAGAGGCCAACAGGAUGCCUAUGGGAAGCCAGGACAGCAACAUAAUAGCCCUCUCCUCUUGUAUCCUAGCAACUGUUAUUCAGAGGCACAUUGCCUCUGCCCCUGGAGGUAGUGGCUUAGUAGCCACCCUUUUCUACCAGGGACAUGCCAGCAAGCGAUAGUUACCAAGAAGGUACCACCUCAGGGGGGUGUUGGAUACAAAACUGUAAAAUGUAAGCUUUGCUGAAUUAAUUAAGCAGAGUCUACAGUAAAAAACUAGCACAGCAAAAUAGAAAUUUAAUAUUGAGCAGCGUAAUAGUCACUUUUGUUGCAAAAGAAAGGAAGAGUUAAACUUGCUGCUGCUUGGGAGAGGAAGUGCUUAGCAUUACACGCAUAAUAAUACUGCAAUAAUAUCAGUCAUGAAGAGAUGAUGGUUUGUGUGCCUGCCCAUCAGUUCUAUUUUUGAAGCUAAUCUCUUUAAGGUACCUACUAACAGUAGCACCUGUGUGUCUCCUGGCACCAAAUUGAAUAGGAAACAGAAAGCAAUUGCUUAAACUGUAAUUUAGGCAGUGUGAUGAUGUUCUUGGCUAAGUAAUUGUUGAUCACUGAACAUACUGAUAUAGUGCUAUUGAUUGUACACAUGGCAAUUUACAAAGAACAGGUCCCUUACCCAACAAUCUGCAAAAGAGAAAGCCACAACAAGAAGAAAAAACUGUGGAAGUGGGGACAGAUAGAGGCAGAGGUAAACAGAAUAAGAAUAAUGGGCUUACAUACUUAUAGUAGAUAAUUGGGGCAAGGAUGUUGUUCUAAAUGCUUCAUGAAACAGAGGAGGAUCUGAGGAGUGAUUUGAUGGAAGUGAGGAGGAAGGUAUCUCAGAAGUCAUUCUGAGAGGCAUAACAAUCAGCAAGUGAGAAAGGGCAGAGUCAUUUUAGGAAACAGGAGGGUGGUGGAAUACAGUAUUAAUGUUUUGAUAUACUCUUCCUUAUUAUUUCAGGUGUGAAAGGGAUGGUUGGUAACCUACUCCUUACUAUACAUUGUGAACUUGGUUUCUGAUCUCAAGGUACUAAAUAGGAUGCCUAUGUGUUUCCCCUUCAAAACACUUGGAAGUAGCAACUGGAAAAGGAUUGCUGCAUCUUCAUGUAUUUGGGAAGAAGCUGGUGUGCGUGUGUGUGUGUGUGUGUGUGUGUGUGUGUAACCUUGUAGCCAACAUGUAUCAUCCUUUUGAAUUCUUUUAUACUCAGAGAUUUCUCAUUCUUCCUCGUCUAAAUGUGGCUUUAAACCCUUUAGUUCAUCACCAUACUCAUCCAUACUCCAUACUCAAGGAAAUACUCAUCCACAGACUGUGCUUGGCAAUCCUGAACAAGUUGAUUCAGAUUUCGGCCAUUAGUUCCUAGUUUAGGAUUCCACCAGCACCGGAUUUAGUGACCUCCUCAUUAUUCUGCUGCAUAUUCGGCAUGAAAUAAAUAUCGCAGUUGUGCAUUUGAAACAGAUUUCAAAGCCACAAAAUGAGGGGGAAAGAAGAUGGAUGCACAGCCCAAUUGCCACUGGAUUUGGGGUGCAUUUUCCCCACUAUCAAACUGCAUGUUUGAACUAUCAAAACCCAUGUUAUCUGAGGAACCUGGCCAAUUCACAUUUCAGAAUGCUUUGCUGUUGUUUGCAAGCAAACUUCUUAUUGUCACAGUUGUAACAGAUAUCUUCAAGUGUGGUUACAGGAUGUAUCCUAAACAGUUCAUCUCAAAAGCAUCGCUGCGGGUGUCUCUGAAUACAAGGCGAUGCUGUCAUGGCAACAGGGUGUUACUUAGCAAGCAUUCCACUUCGUUCAGGCAACAGGGGAAGGGUUUUGAAUUUAGAAGAGAGUUACACACACUCACACAGUUGAAGCUGCCAGAGAGUACAUGGCUGCAAAUGGGGAGGCAUCGAAAGGGAUCUGAUUUUGGAAUCUGUUAGAGAAGGGGAUAUGAAAGGAACCUUGCAUUAGGCAGCAGUGAUGAGAGGGAGCUAUGAGGGGAAAACCUCGCAGGGGGACAGAAAGUAAGAGACAAAGAGGCUGAGGACAGCACAGACACAUGAAAAGCAAUGAAGUGGAUGCAAAGAUCGUUGUGUGAAGUUGAUACAAAGGGAAGCAGUAGAAGUCGAAGAAUGUAAGACGAUAUGGUGGGAAGCAGGGUUGGGGGAGAAAUUUGAUUCAGUAUGCAUUGAAAGCUGAAUCUAUCAAGUUCACACAUUAUAAAAUAAUACGUGAACUGAAACACAGGGCUCCUUUGAAAUGUGCAUUUAUCUGAAUUUUGCAAUACAGUUCUCCAAUCCAACAAUGUUUGUAUGUCUUAGGGGGGAAGUGAAUAAAAAUGAAUGCAAAACAUGCAUUAUAUCAGGGGAAAUUGCUUGAAAAGAAUAUGUACAUUGGUCAAAACUGCAUAUAAAAAUGUGUUUAUCGUGAGAAAUUUGCAGUAAAAUCCUGGUGAAUUUUCAAUUGCUAAUUGCUUCAAAAUGUGGAGAACUGAAUUUGAAUGUGGAAAAAUAAGAACCAAAAUUGGCAGAUCCUUCCAUCCUUGGCUGGAAGACUAGAGGGCUUAUUUGGGCUCAUUAAGGUGUUGACAUUUGUAUGACACACUAGGUUAAAGGCCAUGCUGAAUCUCUAAAAUGUGCAACUUCACCAAACCUUUCCUCACACACUAGGUUCCUCAAAUAUGCCAGGCUUAUUAGAGCAAACAGCUAGGAAAGACCUUUAAUAGUGCAAAACAAAAUUAUAUUUUAAAGCUGCCAUGUCUAGGGGAUUCUUUAAAAACACUGCCACUAUCACCACCAACAUCAACAGGUCACAGAAUUUGUCAGUAUCCAAGAUAAGGUCAUAUUCAUGCUGUGCAACCUUUUGGUUUUCAUUGUAGAGUGUUUCCAGCGCGAGAAACAUCUCCUUUCAGUAAAAGAGCAAACAGACUUUCCAUCAACACUCUUCUGCCCUGUGUAGUCAUUCUCUUCCCACUGGAUGCAGUUUCCACACCUACUAAAGCAGAAUUGGGGAAAGAGAGCCAUCACAGUAGGUGGGAGGGAAAUUGUUACUCACACUGGAUAAAUCUUGUACGUGCAGAGUAGCUAGAAAUAUUUAGAGAAGUGCCUCACCCUCCCUUGUUCUGAUCCUUCUCUGUAACGGUCAAAACAAAAUGCUUGUUUCUCCUACCCAUGAUCAUAUAUCCAGAGCUGCAUGUAGUAGUGGGAGACUGAAAGUUCUGUUUUGGAUGCUGCAGAAAAGCAUGAGGGACUGACAGUAUAAGCCAUUCAGAUUCACUAUUCUUGUAAAACAAAGGCCUUACAAAAUGUAGUGACCUCUCUGGAGUAAUUUGGGGCAGCUUUAUCUUGUGACCCACUGCCUCUGGCCAAUGCCAUUCCUCUGCAAGCCAUGGCCCUGAUUCUAAUUGCCUCCCUGACACAUCUGCUUUUUGGGGAAACAGAGCAUCCAAAAUGACAGUCAUGGCACGCCAUUUAUCAGGUAGUUUGGUCUGAUCAUCAGUAGGCUAUUUCCUCUCUUUGUCCAAGGACUGCUCCCAAUCUACCAGAAGUUACCAGUGCAACCAAAGAAGACUGUUUUCUGACUUCAGGUCUAGGUCUAGGAGUUGCUGGGUCCAUGGUAGGGAGGGACUUGAAUAAGGUUGUGUCCUUAUUCUUUUAAAGAACUCUGUGAAGUAAAUGGUACUGGAUAUCUUGUUUCACACCCUAAUGUGCAUCCUAGAAGACUUCCACAUUCUCCUUAAAAUUCAGGGAAGUUUUUAGUGUUUGAUGUCUUAUUGUGUUUUAAUUUGUUGGAAACCACUCAUAGCGGCUGGGGUAACCCAGACAGAUUAUUAUUAAGGGCUUGAGAAAUUUGUGGCACUUCUUGAACAGAUAUCACACUCGUUGAUUGUUGAGUGGACUCCUUAGAUAGUGAAAUAGCUUCUCCUGCUCCUCACCUGAGAUCUUGCAUCUCCACGCUUCACUCAGCGGUCCUGUUGAAGUAUGAAAAUGAAUGCAUUGUGGGGAGGAGCCAGUAGCUGGUCUCACCCUUGGUUGUUUGUGCAGAGGCCUGCACCCGAACAAUAUUGGCAGGGUAAGUUGUGCAUAGGGAGCCUACAGGCAUUUGGUUUCAUCCACAUGAGUUGUAUGCGAAGGAGUGCCUUCGAAUCAGGAGUAGCCAUAGUUUAAUAGUAGAACGCGUGCUGUGUGUACAGAAUGCCCCAGGUUCAAUUCAGGACAUAUACAGUUUAAAAAGGAUGAAGUAGCCUUUUGAUGGGAAAAGGCCCUUGAGAGCUGCUGCAUCACAUUAUAUUGGGUUAGAUUACCAAGGAUCUGACUCUGUGUCAGGCCGGUUCAUAUAUACCACGUUCACACACUGUUUUCCAUGUCGAGUAAACACCUGCACAGGGCUAAAGCAUAGGAGCUUUAAGGUCAGACCACACUUGAGCCAUCAUUACAUCAAUGUAGGAGGGUUUAUAGCACCCUCUCUUGCUUGCUGAAUGUAAUAUUUUCUGUUUUGUAUAGAUGUUGCAGUGCUUAUUCAGUGGGAGCUGUUGGCUCUAGAGAUCCAGUAGUGAUGUUAAUGAAAGGCCUGGAUGUAGAACAAAAUAAGCUGAUAGGUGACAAGUAAAGUUCAGGAAAGGAUUAAUUAUCACACACUCUUAGGGCUUUAUUUUAUUUUAUUUAUUUAUUGAAUUUAUAUACCGCCCUAUACCCACAGGUCUCAGGGUCGGUCACAGAAUAAAUGCACAUCCCUGAAGCAACCAAUAACUAAUUGUGUGGUUUACAGUGUGAUAGCUCAGUCAAUAGAGCAUGAGACUGUUAAUCUCAAGGUUGUGCGUUCGAGUCCUCUGGUGGGCGAGAGAUUCCUGCAUUUCACGGGGUUGGACCUUGUGGUCCAUUCCAACUCUACAAUUCUAUGAUUCUGUAUGGUGAUAAAUCUGUGGCAAUGAAAAUUAAAUGCUUUACCAGAGCGAUAAUAACAAUGCAUAGAAUUUACUUUAACCCAAAUCUACUUAGAGAAAAUAGGAAUCAUAAUUGUCUGAAUCUGUGCUGCCAAAUGGUACUGAGUCACUGCUUCAAAGGAGGCAAAUUGCACAAAUAUUGGCCUGGAUCCUAAAAUAUGUGGACAUAAUGAAAUUUAAGGAAGGAAAGUUUCCAGUUUCUUCCUACCCCUUGCAGUGGUUACACCCACAACUCAUGUUGACUGUCUAUUCUCCUUUCCUUGUUCCAUUCAGCUUCUGGGUCUUUCAUGUCAGCUGUAAGCUAGGUGAGCUGCAUGGUGUUUUAUCACUGUUAUAUGCUCUGCCAAUCUGAUCCUUCCAUUUCUACUAUUUUUGCAAAUCCCGUAAAUUCCAGCCCUGCCACUAUUGCCAGCCCAAACCUAUGGAGAAAUUAUUAUCACUUAUAAUAUUAACAACCUGGAUUAUGAAGGUUAUUGUUUACAAAGCCCUCUCACCUUUUAAUAAACGUGGUAUGACUAUUGUGUCUCAGCACAGUCUGCCAUCAUGCCAGGGUGCUCUGCUCUGGGUCCAAUGGCUGGCAGGGAUCAUCAUAGCUGCCUCUGCAAGCCAUUGAGUUUUAAUUGAGCCUGCCCAGAAACUUUUUACAUCAGCAGUGGACUUACUGGGCCUGGGUAUGCAAGUUUAAAUUGCAACCACCAUCUUCUUCUUCUUCUUCUUCUUCUUCUUCUUCUUCUUCUUCUAUUAAAUUUGUAUACUGCCCUAUACUCGCAGGUCUCAGAGCAGUUCACAGGAUAAAAUCACAAUAUAAAAACAAAAAAAUACAUAAUCAAAAUAAAAACAAGUUCCUUAAAGGAACCUGAGCCUAGUUUUACAAAAAGCAGGUCUGAUACAACCCUGCUUCUGGCUUGUACCACUUUAGAUACAAGCUAUUUUGCUGUUUGUCAUUUUGUUUGGUUUUUGUAAAGAUGCCUUGAAUUGCCUUUAGUGAGAGAAGGCAUCUAAUAAAUUUAAUUAGUUAUUAUUAAUAAUAAUAGCUAGCUAGUGAGUGUGCACAUGCCUGAAUAUUUCCUGAAUAGAAAAAGAUAACACAUUAACAUGGAAAACUAGUACAUCAGAAAAAAGACAAUGGUAGGUUUUUCCGUGUGCAGAUAUUCCUGCCCCCUCCCAUGAAAUAGCAUUCAGGCAUGAGAGUUCCCACAGGCAGCCUGAAAGUAUGCAACCCAGAAACUGGGUUGCUACCACACAUGUUGUGAGAACAUAAUCUGCAGUUCCCAUACUUCCCCAACUCCUCUAAUAGCUUCCUAUCUUGUACUUCAGAAUGCUAUGCUCAAAGCUAGAAUGAAUUCCUGACUUCUACGCUUGAUUAUUUACAAACCAUUACACAGAGGGAUAAAGCCAAAGAGCUUGGAAAAUUUCCAAACAAACAAAACGGAACAUUGUGAGCUUAAUGAGAGAGAGAGAGAGUGAGAGAGAGCAACAGACAGACAGACAGACAGACAGACAGACAUAGCUACACCCUCUCUUCAAAGAUAUUCAGAACUCUCCUUGUGGCUGGCAAUGCCGUUGGAUAAUUAUCUCUGUUCCAUCACUGAACAUGAAACCAAUGACCCACUGGAGCGAUUUGUCAUUUCUGAAACUGUCUUUCUGGGAGUUGGCCUUGCCUUCGCUGAAGGGACAAGCGUAGGUGAGCUUGUGGUUGCUGCAGGAUGAACUAGUGGGUUUAUGUUGGGUGCAUUUUAAUUGUGUGUCCUCUCAGCAAAGUAGUACUGUGGCAAAGUACUACUGUGAAAUAGAUUUGCUGCGGCAGUAGCAGCCCUGUGUCCUGUAGCUCUCUGGAAAGCUAUUGUAGUCUAUUGUACCUGAAGGGAUGGCUGUAGUUUGCCUAAUGCCACCUGAGUUUUGCUAUAUACCAGCAUAUCACUCACUGCACCAAACAAAACAAUAAGCACCCUAUGUUAUGAUGUCUGUUGGCAGGAAAUUAAGCUACAGCUUUAUGUUAAAAAAAUGGUUUCUUGUAAAUUCUUCAAGGGUGCUCAAAGUGGAGGCAAGUAAACAAGCAGGCUUUAAGCAUUCUCAAAGAUGUACACUGAAAGUGUUAUGGCUUUAGUUCUGGUCUAAAUUUUCUGUUAAGGGUUUUCAUAACUGAGGGAUUUGCUGCUUCUCGCAGAAGCAACACUUGCUUUUGUUUUCAACAUGCUGUGAUGCUAUGUCAUCAUGAGGUUGUUACUGAGGCUUAAUGAUAUUUGAAAUGAAAUCUGUAAGUAAGCACGAGCCCUUCUCUUGCUGGAAGCAGCUUUUGUGGGGGCAUUUUCAGUUGUUUUCUUAAUAAGACUAUAGUUAUAGGAGAGGCGUAGCAACCACGAGUUGGUUGAUAUUUUACUUUGGCCACAGAAAGUGGCACACUAGUUGCAAGUGUCCCAUUUCAUCCCCCCCACCCCGGAAAUAGUAUGAAGCAAAAUGCACUGUGGGUGGGUGUCAAGGCCCAAUCUGAGUCAGUGCUGGCUGGGGCUGGCACAAGACCCUUGGCUGCUGAGGUAAAGGAGAAGAUGGUCCUUGACAUCUGAAGGGAAGGCGUUCCACAUGGAGGGCAUCACUACCAAGAAGGCCUUCUGCCUGGUUCCCUGUAACUUCAUUUCUUGCUGUAAGGGAAUCAGCAGAAGACCCUUGGCACUGGACCUCCAUGUCUGGGCUAAACGAUAGAGGUGGAGAUGCUCCUUCAGGUUUACUGGGCCGAGGCCGUUUAGGGCUUCAAAGGUCAGCACCAACACUUUGAAUUGUUCUUGGAAAUGUACUGGGAGCCUGGGAAGAUCCUUUAAGAUUGGUGUUGUAUGGUCCUAAAAACCCCCACCUUUGGGGUCCUCUGUCUUUUGACCCUGCUGUGAACUAAUUCAUUGUUUCUCCAUUGGGUUCUGCAGAAGUUGCCAUUUCAAUCUUUGAAAAGAUGCAAGCUCAAGAGAUCCUCAGGAACCUGCGGCUUCCAGAGUUUGAAGACUUCAGUCAGUUUUUCCGAAGUUUGCCGGCUGCUACCUUGGUUGGCAUUGGUGCCUUUGCAGCUGUUGUUGCUUACUGGUUGGCCAGCCGGCCAAAAGCAGUGAAACCACCAUGUGACCUCCUGAUGCAAUCAGAAGAAGUUGAGGUGAGUCUUUAUGCUCUUUACAAAAAACAAGAGUUAGACUUUAUGAAAAGUUGUUGCUGUGUUUUUGCUGCGCUUUUUUCAUUAGUAGGCAGCAUGGCUCUUACUUCAUUGAUUUUUUACAAUAUUCAUAGGCAGCAAUCUUAAACAUUGUGACAGUACAAUUGAUUUUAACAGAAUGGCUUGUCCAAAGUGGUUUUCGAGUUUUCCUCUGGAUACUAAUAUAUCAGAACAAACUUAGUAUGGCCUGCUUGUCUGCAGAUUACUGCCAUGUGCGCCUCUCAACCACAUAUUUGUUUUUGCAGCAAAAAUGCCUUAAUCCAAAUAAUUACUGAAUAUUUCAUUAGCUUGGUAUUACUUUGAUAUCUUAUUUUUUAAAAUAUGUUUGUUUGUGAUGAACAAGCGCUUUCAAGAAAGCACUUGCUGGACUGAAUUCCAGUUCUGUGGAGCAAAGUGUUUUUUUGUGCUGACCACUGAAAAUGAUAAAACAUGGGAUAUCUAGCUGCCUAAAUAUUAAUGAAAUAUUUACAUGUUUGUUUUCUGAAAAAUGAAUGAUGCAAUACAGUUCCCUUGCCAUUGUUCUUGUUUGUAACAUGCUUUUAAUCCUUGGAGACAUAUUUGUAAAAGCCUAGACAAAGCAAGGUAAUUAUACUAUUGAGAUUCCUAUUAUGGUACUCAAAAACCCCUCAUUAUUAUUUUAUUUUUAAAGUCCAUACAAAAACUUACCUAUGGUGAUUGUGAACUCUAAUCCUUUAUGCUUUUGGGGUUACUUAGUGUUAUCCAAAUAUAUAAUUUUGAGACAGCUGAAAACAAACUACUUGGGCACAGUGGGUGUUGAAGUGGUUUUAUCACAUGGGCUUAUGAGGGAUUGCUGAGGCAAAUGGACUGCUCAACCAGUGAUACAUGAAGCUUUUCCCCCUACUCUGAGAAAUCACCAAGCAACCAUGCAGUAAGCCUAGAAAGACCAAUCGGAGAAAGGAAUUCAGAAUGAACAUACUGACGGGGCAGAAGUUAACACAGAGGAAUAAUUAAGAAUACAUUGUCUCUGAACUGUAAUGAUGAGAUCUAGUUUUUUUCAAGUCCACUAAUCACAAGGAUCAGCCAUACCUAAACCUGGUAUUUUCUUCAACCGAUCUGGAGAAGGACGAUCAUAUAAUAAUAAUAAUAAUAAUAAUAAUAAUAAUAAUAUCCAGGCUGAUCAGUGGAUUUGUUCAUUUUAUUUGAAAUAGGAAAGUUCAGGAAAAUUUUGAUUGAAACUUUAGGCUACUCUUUGAUGUAUAAAAUAACAAGACCAUUAAAAUGUUCCCACUACAUUAGAAAUGAGAUAGUAGGCCACAAAAUUCACAUCGUGCCAAUGUUCAACUUCAUGAAGAGACACUGUCAAAGGUGAGUAGGGGAAAAGCAACUGUUUUGAAGGUUGAGGCACACAGCUGUGUAUAGAACAGUAUCCCCCCCCCUCCAACUGACUUCUUUGUGAGUAACAUGAAUGAUGCAGCAAGACUCAUGAAAUAUACAUUUAAUUCCAUGCAAGUGUCCACAGGGAGCAUUUCUGCAGCCAGCGGUAAGAGUAUUUUGAAAGCACAUUGUACAAAACAAGAAUUCAGAAAAAUCAAUACAGCAAAAUUGCAGGUUUGGAAUGUUCUGUAAUGUUAUGCAUAAACGAAGCAUAAAUAGAAACUUUUAGCAAGCAAUUAUGUUUUCACUGCACCGUAACAUGUAGCUUUGAAGGUAACGCAGAUUGAUAUAUCCAUCCACAUGCUCUCCUACAGCUGAGGCUCCUGAAAGCGCAUGCUUGUAUGCUAUUUGGCCUUUGAGCGAUCGUGCUGACACUAUUUAUUCUGUAGCACAAUCCAAGCAUCCGCAUGUGUAAGCAGUUGCACAAUCUGGGUUUUAAAUCAAGCAGGCGGCCUCCGUGAGAGGAGGAAGCUCUGUGCUACAGACUUUUGCAACUCUUGGAAGAGUUGUUCGUAGAGCAGAGAUGACAUGCUGGAGAGGAGGGGCUUAGCAGUGUCCUCCCCACUCCACAUUGUGUGAUUGCUUACACAUGAGCACAGCUAAAUGCCCAAAUAGUGCUACUGUAAAUUGACGAAAGGGAUGUCAUGUCAACCCUCACAUUUUUUAGGAUCUUGACAGUCUUGCCGGAAAGACGUGAAAAGGUGGAGAAGGCAGGGACAAGAAGGGAUCAAUGUGAGCAAAUGAAGCUAUGUGUAGGUGUAGGCUGCAUGUCUGUUUGCAUUGGGGAUUAAGGAGUGUUUAGCAUAGUUUUCUUUAUACUGUCUCAGAGUCUGUACUGGCUUUAAGAACUUUGUCUGAGUUACUGGAAUGUGACUAAGGGCCAAACUCCUGAUCUCCCAUUGUCUGUGUUGUUUCACUGUAGGGCUGGGAUGGUGCACGGAGAUCUGUAAUAGGUGACAGCUCCCAACUGCUAACCCACUACUAUGAUGAUGCAAGGACCAUGUAUGAGGUUUUUAGAAGGGGUUUUAAUAUAUCUGGUAAGUAUUUGGAAGUGUUAAUGUGGACUUGUAGAUCAUAAUGUUCAUCUUCUUCUUUUUUUUUUAAAUAAUUUUUAUUAAAGUUUCGAACAACAAAGAAAGAGAAAAAAAAACAUACACAAUACAUAUAACAACAACACACACAAAAAACAAAACAAAAUUCAACAAUAAAAAAACAAACAAAAAGCAUAACAAUUAAAAACAAUAUCUCUUUUCCAUUUCCAUUUUUAAAUUACUUAUUUUCUGGACUUCCUCAUACCUCCCUCUUUUGUAUUCCAAUCCAAAUUGUUUGUCCCGCAGUUUCUUUUCCACUUUUUUAAUCCCAAUCUUUAGCUUUAAUAAGAUAUUAAAAUAUAUAACUUCAACUUCUUUAAACCUGAUCUUUGGUCUUAGUAUCGUAUAACGUUAAAAUUUUCCCUCUUAAUAUCAAAUUUCCAUUUCUUUAAAACAUCUUUAAUCUUAAUCUUUAAUCUUAGUCUAUCAUUAGCUUUAACCUGUAUAGCUGGAAACCGCUUAUUUUCAGUCCAACACCACUCUAACAUUCCUUAAUUUUGCAGUGUUUCUGAAGAUAGUCUUUAAAUUUCUUCCAGUCUUCCUCCAUCGACUCUUCUCCCUGGUCGCGGAUUCUACCAGUCAUUUCCGCCAGUUCCAUAUAGUCCAUAAGUUUCAUCUGCCAUUCCUCCAGCGUGGGAAGUUCUUGUGUCUUCCAAUACUUUGCGAUGAGUAUUCUUGCUGCUGUUGUUGCAUACAUAAAGAAAGUUCUAUCCUUUUUAACACUAUUUGGCCGACUAUGACCACGAGCAAGGCCUCUGGUUUCUUAGGGAAGGUAUACUUAAAUACCUUUUUUAAUUCAUUAUAUAUCAUUUCCCAGAAGGCCUUAAUCCUUGGGCACGUCCACCAAAGGUGAAAAAAUGUACCUUCAGUUUCUUUACAUUUCCAACGUUUGUUAUCGGGCAAGUGAUAGAUUUUUGCAAGCUUGACUGGGGUUAUGUACCACCUGUAUAUCAUUUUCAUAAUAUUCUCUCUUAAGGCAUUACAUGCCGUAAAUUUCAUACCUGUGGUCCAUAACUGUUCCCAGUCAGCAAACAUAAUAUUAUGUCCAACGUCCUGUGCCCAUUUAAUCAUAGCUGAUUUUACCGUUUCAUCCUGAGUAUUCCAUUUCAGCAGCAAGUUGUACAUUCUUGACAAAUUCUUAGUUUUGGGUUCUAACAAUUCUGUUUCUAAUUUGGAUCUUUCCACCUGGAAACCAAUUUUCCUGUCCAAUUUAAAUGCCUCCAUUAUCUGAUAAUAAUGAAGCCAGUCUCGCACUUUGUUUUUUAGUUUUUCAAAACUCUGCAAUUUCAGUCUAUCUCCGUCUUGUUCCAAAAUGUUCAUCUUCUCGCCUAAACUUCCUACUAGACCCGCAGGGGGGCUGUUGGCUCACUUUCUGUAAGAGGCCACUUGUGAACUGAACUUUGAUGUUGUCCAAGAUUGGAAACUGCAAUGGGCUGGAAGCAGUUUGGGAUCUAGAAAACGAGGUGGUGGUCCAAAUUGUUCACUGCAAUUGAUAUUGCAACCCUUGCACAUUGGUUCAAACAGCUUCAGCAUCUAGCAGUAUUAACUGUGUGUGCGCUCUUUCUGGCAGCCCCUCUUCGGGUGAACAGUAAUCAGAGUAUACAUUACUCUGUUCUGAAGCAAAAGAGAUAAUAUCGCUCAUUCCAGGAGGAGCUAAAAUCAUGCUAUAACAAUUCUACCAACCUUUAGGAUAAAUCUGAUGUUAUAAUCACACCUCACAUAGCCCUCCCUUCCAUCCCUCCUGAAAAAUAUGCAGUAUUUUGUUCUUGUUAGAUGGAGGUUUUUCUUAUUUUCCCUUCUGCCAAAGCAAACUGAACCAAUGGGAGGUGACAUUUAGAAUGGAAGUAUCAAUCAGAUAAUGAUGAUGCAGCCCUCUAGAGUCUAGAUAUAUUAAUAAGGCAGUGGAGGUGCUUAAUGUCACAGUCACCUUCUCAUUUCUAAAUGAGAACACUGAAUGGUCCUUGAGGGAACUUACAGAAUGCUAUUCCAUUAGGCAAGAUAGCUUCCGUUUGCAUUUGAUGGUUCUCUGUAUGAACUCCUGGAUUGCUGACAUACACCCUGACCUUGAUAAUAACAAUGGUUUAUUUUUAGGCAUGCUGUCCUGCUGAGGAGCACUCAGGCAGCCAGGAAGUGCAUUAUUAACCAUCUUUUUGGGAAAGAAUUAUGGUUCUUAUAGCUCAUUUCAUCUGUUUUUCUUUAGAAAAUGGCCCCUGCUUAGGAUUCAGGAAACCAAAACAGCCUUACCAGUGGUUGACCUAUAAAGAGGUGAGGUUCAUGUUAUAUUUUUCUUAAUAGAGCAACAACAUUAGAAGAGGGUUUUUGAAUUAUUGCUCUUGUGGAAUAUGUGUUCCUUCCACACAGCAGUUUGUUGUGAACUUAGUAAUGCUCACAUACGGAAGGUUUCUAUAGUGUCCAUAUGAUGUUGUCUUCAUUAAGAUGAAAUCCCAUAUCUCCUUUCCAAUUUUAUCUGGUGUUACGCGUGUCUGCCGGUGUGGUUGCUCGAGAGCGAAAGGCAAGAUUCCCAAUGGUGUUUUCAAGGCUUUAUUAUCUGUACAAAACAUUUACAGUGCAGAGCAUCUCAAGUCCAUGUCUGCUCACUCGCUAGCAGAAUCUGGGAAUGGGCGGUCCUUAAACUUUCCCCAGCAUAGGAGUCUUUUAACCCCCAUCCUACGCCUCCCCUCUCUGCGCGUAAACCGACUGUGCAGAGAGGGCGUGGGCAAAGGGGACCUGCCUCCCCCCCACUUUGCUCAGGCCCGGUGUUGCAGCUCUCUUUAGCAUCUUCCGAGCCCUACAUCCCUUCCCCACUGGAGGCGGGGCUUCCCUCCUCGCCAGAGGAAGAGCUGCUUCACACGAUCUUCGGAGGCUCCCUGUAACCCAAUUGCCCUUCCACCUCUCGCCUCUGAGCUGAUGGCAGUUCCCUGACAUCUGGAUUUACUAUUUCUGAAGGGAGGGAGGUUAAAAUCAAAUUAUUUAAUGGGAAAACAAUAUGGGACAGCAUUUUGAUGAAUAUGAUGUUGUGUGGAUGCUGCUCAAAACUUCCAUGCAUGAGAACCACCAAAUUCACAGUAAACAACUCAUAUGUUCAUUUUAAUAUCAUAAAUCCCUGAAUAUUUUACAAAAACUAUACCAAUCAGUAUUCCAUUAUUGCAUCCAUCAAAAGUUAUUUACACUGCUUAAUUUAUCUUAAUGCUGCCAGUGUUUUCAGCUGUACACAAUUAUUUCCCAUAUAUUCAAUAAAUGUUUUCCAAUCUUCUUUAAAUGUAUGUUCUUCUUGUUCUCGGAUUCUAUAUGUUAAGUCUGCAAGUUGUGCAUAUUCUGUCAACUUAAGUUGCCAUUCUUCUUUGGUAUGCCGGCUCCCUCGGCCCGUAAAGCAAGAUGAGCGCCGCAACCCCAGAGUCAUCUGCGACUGGACCUAAUGGUCAGGGGUCCCUUUACCUUUACCUAAACAACUCUUUGGAAGUGCCCAUACACUAUAAGAGCUGUUUGUGAACAAGCACAAAAUCCCUGUUAAGAAUAUCAUUGGAUUUGCCUAAUGCAAUGUGCAAGAUGAUCCUCUGUUAAUUCUCCUUGUUUUCUUUUACUUUCAGGUUGCCGAAAGAGCAGAAGCAUUGGGAUCAGGUUUACUCCAAAAGGGGUGCAAACCAUCAGCAAGUCAGUUUAUUGGGGUUUUUGCACAAAACCGGCCAGAGGUGAGCUUCAAGAAAACCAGAGCCUUAUCUCCAACUUCACAUUUUAUUCAUAUUUAUUGCAAACUGUAACUUAUACCUUUCAUAAUCUCCUUCCAGUGGAUCAUUUCUGAGCUGGCUUGCUAUACCUAUUCCAUGGUUGUGGUUCCCCUGUAUGAUACGUUAGGCCCUGGAGCCAUUCGUUAUAUUAUCAACACAGGUAAAAAGAAAUGUAGAUUCAUUGUGAGUAAAUAGCUUCAUAGAAAGCUAUUUUUGCUAUGUAAAACAGCAACAGCUUUGGCUUUGGGAGCAUUAUUUCACCAAUAAGAAUCGCUUCACUUCUGAAUCCUCACUUUCUAGUGAAAUGUUAGAAGAGGAAAACAGAAGGUCUUGCACACACACAAAAAACUGACUGGGUGGUUACAGGUGGUUGUUUUAUCACACGACUGAUAUAUAAUGUUGCUCCUUGGCAGGAUGAUAUAGCCAACCAAGCUACCCUAGGGCAGAUUGGUUGACUGUGUGUUUUAUUGUGUAGGUUGUCAAGCCAAUAUCAACAUCGUGAUAUUUAAUAGGUACUUUUAGUGUUAAUAUUCAAAUACUGUAUCUUUUUAAGAUCCUUUACCAAGUCCUCAUUCCCUACAAAAAAAAAGCUAUUAAAAUUUCAGCAGGGCAAUCAGACCUAACCUGUCAAAUUCAUACCUUUGAGUGCACUUCAGAAGAUACCCAAGGUGGAAUUUGAACAUUAAGCACUAGUAUCAACAGAGUCUAGUUGUGGCUCUGUAAUGGUUUCCUUUUUGGAGUUCCAGGGUAACACUAGUUCAUUUCAGCAGUCAUCCACUGGCAAUAUGGUACCAGAACACCUGCACUUUCAUUUUGCGUUUUGGCUUUUUUUCUGGCAGCAAUCAUUUCCCAUCAGAAAAGAUUGAUCUCUCUGCUCCCUUUCUUUAUAAAUACUAAAGCAAUUGAAGGUGUAUACCAGUAUUUCCAAAGGAAAACUGUCAUAAAGUGUGUGUGAGAGUGUGUUAUUUUGUAUCCUGCUUUUUGCCCAAAGACCCCAAAGUGGCUCAUGACAUUUAUAAAGUAGGGCACGAUCAGCCAUGGGGAGAGUCAGGCCAGAAGAUGAAGAACAAGUUGAAAACUAGGAGAACAAGUUGAAAACUAAAAUUUUAAAAUACUGAAAUCAAGAUACACAGAAGAAAGCAAGUGUGGUUGAUGAGCCUGGAAAAGCAAGAGCUGUUAAAUUAAGGAAUUGGUGUAUUUGCUUAUUUGAGCUAUUCCGCGCUAUUGACCCGGGUGAAGUACAAAACAUAGGCUGAUAUAUGGUGCUGGUCUUACUCCAAAAAAAUCCAUCCACUUAAGACUAUUGAUUUCAGUGCUCUAUUCUGAAUAUGACUCAGUUGGACAUCACCAAUUAAAUAAAAGCCAGCCAACCAAAUAAUAAAAUAAGCAACAUACUAAAAUGCACCAAUGAACAAAAAAGUCAGUUAAACACCAGAGUAGGUGAAUCAACAUAAAGCACUUAAAAUGCAUUGGCAAAUGAAUAAACCUUAAGCUGUGCAUUGAAAUGAUAACAAUGUUGGUCCUGCUUCUUCCUGUAAAGGGUGGGAGGGUUUUUCACAGAUGGGAGGCCACCACAGAAAAGGCUCCUCUGCAUUCCUAUAUCUCUUUGUAUAACGGUCAGUGACAAAUUUCAGUGGAGGGCGGAUUAUGAUUUUUUAAAAAGAGAAAUGUUUUGACACUGCACUACAAUUUUCUGUUUGUUUCUUUUUGUGUUUAGCUGAUAUUUCUAUAGUAGUUUGUGAUAAGCCCGAAAAAGCCAGAGUCCUCUUAGAAAAUGUAGAGAAAAAACAAACUCCGGGCUUGAAAUUCAUUAUUUUGAUGGACCCUUUUGAGAAGGAUCUUAAAGAAAGAGGCCAAAAGUGUGGAGUUCAAAUCCAGGCUAUGCAGGAAGUAGAGGUAAGGUUCUUAUGCACUGUUUAACUGAUCUCACGUUACACUGUUUAUGCAGUUAAGCAGCAGUUGCACAGAAUUAUAACAAAUUAAAGUUAUGUGAUAUGCCAUCAUAUUGUGUGUGUGUGUGUGUGUGUGUGUGUGUGUGCGUGUGUGUGCGUGUGUGUGUGUGUGUGUGUGUGAAGACUUGUCAAGACUAGCCCAAGUAUAAAAUGCACUGAUGGACAAUCAAAGAUGGGCAAAGUAAUAAUAAUAAGAGGUGAUUAUUUUUUAUGUCUAUGCUUUUCAUUGUGCAAACAGUUUUUCCUCUUAUUUGUCGCCAUCUGAUAUUACAACAUGACACAAGCAAAUGAGAGGCAUACUGCAGAAAGGCAUCUGCAGAAAGCGUAGCCCUGGUGACUCAAGAAAGUGGGCCAAUCCACAGGCUAUAGCAUGGGUGGUUAACCUCUGGCCUUCCAGAUGUUGUUGGGACUCAAACUUCCAUCACCCCCAGCCAGCAAGGCCAAUGGUCAAGGAUGAUAUUCCAGCAACAUCUAAAGGGCACCAGGUUAGACACCUUCUUGCUGCAGGGAAAGGCCUUUGGCCAAUCCACAUAUAUUAAAUUGCUCUCCUUUUUAUUAAAUCCUUUCAGGACUGUGGUCGAGAAAGUUGGCGUGCCCCUGUAGUGAGUAUAAUCCCUUUUAUUCCACACUGAACAUUUCCUCAUAAACAAUGAGCACAAUUUACCAUAAACGUCUCCGCUGCAAGCAUAACUGAAAUGAAUGAAAGCUGCAGAACAGCCUGUCUCCGUCCUUGUGCAUGGCCCAUUUGUUUUAAUGAAAGCUGGUGCAGGGGUCUUUGUAGAUGAUUCUCAUAUUUAAGUACCAUGUGGUUUUAAAUGGAAUCCAAGUUACUUGUGAAAAGCACAAUUGGCCACGUUUCUUGCUGUGUAUUAGAAGUUGUGCCCCUGGGACCCUUUUUUCUUUUUUCGGAAUAUUUCAGCUUAAUGGACAAGGCAUGAGAUAAGUAAAAUGGGAGUAAGAUGGGGAAGGGAAAUUUGCUUUGGAGGAGGAGGUAAGACACUUGGUAAAUAUAGUCUAGUACAGAUAAGUGCCUAGCCAAAUGACAUGCUAGAGGUGGCCACCGAAACAGUUAUUACAAAGGCCCCUUCUUCAUUACAAAGCACCCUGGGUAAACAAAUGGAUUGCUUCAACAUUCAAUAUGAUCAGAGACUACAAAGUGAUCCACUGUGGGGCAGAAAUUAAAAAUUCUGAUUUUUUUCUCACAUGAAGUAUCAGCUGAGAAAAAAUAAAGCAGUGAACUCUGAGGAAAUGACUGUGCUGGGCACCUACUACCCAACUACCUAAGUUCAGACAGCAUCACCAGAGCUGCUAGAAGGCUGGGAAUCACUUUAACUAACAGUACAAACAGGAUCGGCUUGUUAAUUAUCGGCCUCUCGCUGAGGCCGUAGGCUGGCAGCAGAUCCUUCGCAUACCUUUGCUGCUCCUCCUCCGGCUGCAGAUAGGAGUUACUGCCAUCCCAGUUGCCCCUGAGGGCAAAGGUCCCUCUGCCACUGCCUGCUCCUCUCCAGACUCUAUUUUUCCCUCCCUUGACACCUUCAAUGUGCUGGGGCUUCCCUGCACCACUUCCAGUCGCCUCAGGUGACAGAGGAGGAGGGAGCCGAGGGCACCAAUUUACGAUUUCCUCAAGUGGCUAAAUAUCAUGGGCCAGCCCUGAGUACAAUCUCUUACUCAGAGGUAAGUCCCAUUGCAUCCAGUGGGACUUAGUCCCAGCUAAGUGUGCAUAUGAUUGCCGCCCAGCACUCCUGCAUGGCAAGUUAUUCAAAGAAAGUCAUCUGCUUCGUAUGCUUGGAACAAAAUACUUUGGCCGGAGGGACAAAGAAUUCACACAGUGGGAAAGCAUAAUAAUUUGUCUCAAACCUGCACUGUAAGGUUAAAAAUGGAUAAGCAAUGUACAAGGAGUUCCCUGCUCUCCUUGGGACGGAAGGCUGGGGUGUAAAUCAUAUAAAUAAGUAAAAUAAAUGAACUAAGACAUUUCUUUUUCUUCCAUGACUUUUCUAGCCUCCUCGACCAGAAGAUCUAUCAAUAGUCUGUUUUACUAGUGGCACUACAGGUAAACUUUACCAGUUUUGCAACAGUUUUCCUUGGGCCUUAAUAAUGGUGACAUUGUACAGAAAAGCAUUUUGAUUCCAUUAAAAUAAUAUGUAAAUAGAUAUCAGAUGUAUGUAAAUUUAAGUUAUGUGUAUAUUUUAAAACAUAUUUCAUAUAUACCAGAAAGGAUAUGAAAAUAUACUACUAUACAAAUUGUAGAACACUGGCAGAUGAUAAACAGACAGACUGCUGCUUUGUAAGUUACUUAAAUUCAUUCAUUGCAUUUUGAAAAAUAAUAGAAACAUGUAUGCAGAAUUCUCUGAGGAUAUCACUAGUUUUAGUUUAACAUUGCUUAUUAAGUUUACUAUUAAAAAAUAAAUAAAAGUCAACCUAGCUGAACCAUUACAGCUAAUGAGCCAAAGUUUCUUAUCACUUGAAAUGUUCACUAAUGUAAAAAUAUAUAUAACAACUCCUGUUUGCGGCUUCUGAUUAUUUUAACCAUGCAGCCAAUCCCACCUCAUUUUCGAGCAGGGCAGAAUGAGAACUACAAACAGAUCACUGCCAAUAUCCAUGGGCUUUAUCCUGAGUAACUUAGUCAGGAUCCAAUGUUACCCAGCAGCAAAGUAAAAAAAAAAAGGCACUAGAAAACUAAAGAUAACAGAAACAAUGAAAUGCUGCCGCCCUGGAAAAAAAAAUCUCUGCUUGUAUCUUUCUCCUUAAGCCUUUCCAGCCAGAGGAUGCAGGCAUAUUGUCCACCACCAUUACCUUAGGAACUAGCCCCUCAUAGGAAUUGACUUUGAUAGAAAACAAAGAGGGCAAAGAGCAUUGUAUGAUGAUUGUGACAGUUCUUUCAAAACUGUGCCAAAUGUCCCUUCUGAAAACCUGCCAUAACUAAAUGGUUGCAUCCAAGUGAUCCAAGAAGCUAUCUACUAAUUUUUAUGACAUUAAUUCUGACUGGGUCGGAAUAACUGAUUCCAGUAAGAUGACAAAUGAUAAAUUGAUACUGUAUUCUAUAGUGGCAAGACAUACCGGUACUUAAGAGUUGAGGUUGGACACAGCCACCCCCAAAGAAAAAAAGUUAUGAAUUGCCAUGACUGAAGAAGCUGAGUUUUUCUUGUUUGAGGCAAGGCAUAAAAUAUAACACAAAUAAUCUUUACAUUUAUUCUCCUUUCUCAGAAAUUCACUUUUACUAUUAUUAUUAUUAUUAUUAUUAUUAUUAUUAUUAUUUAUACCCCGCCCAUCUGGCUGGGUUUCCCCAGCCACUCUGGGUGGCUUCCAACAAAACACUAAAAUACAAUAACCUAUUAAACAUUAAAAGCUUCCCUAAACAGGGCUGCUUUCAGAUGUCUUCUAAAAGUUUGGUAGUUAUUUUUCUCUUUGACAUCUGGUGGGAGGGCAUUCCACAGGGCGGGUGCCACUAUCGAGAAGACCCUCUGCCUGGUUCCCUGUAACUUGGCUUCUCGCAGCGAGGGAACCACCAGAAGGCCCUCGGUGCUGGACCUCAGUGUCCGGGCAAAACGAUGGAGGUGGAGAUGCUCCUUCAGGUAUACUGGACCAAGGCCAUUUAGGGCUUUAAAGGUCAGCACCAACACUUUGAAUUGUGCUCGGAAACGUACUGGGAUAUUAAUCUGUGAGCCUAACAGUUAUUUUUUUUAAAAAAAACAACAAAACCUUCUUGAUUGAGUCUUAGCUACUUCCAAAGAUGCUGAAACAGUCACUAGUGGUAAUGAAGAUAAAUUAUUUUAUUAGUUAUUAACUGUAGGACAAAAUCUCUUUUAACAAGAACUCUGUUUGUUUUGCAUAUUAAGUUUUUGGAAUUUAAAAUGCUCCUAGUGUGUGUUAGGCUAAGGGUGUACAGACUCUGGCGCCAUUUCCUGACCCAAUGGAAUGGCCACUGAGCAAUGGAAUUUUUCCCUAGGCAUUUGGAUUGUGUGCUGGUUUUGAUCUGGAUCUGAUGCAAUGGCUCCAGGUGUCUGGGUGCUGCUGCUUGCAUUGCACAUUUACAUUUAACAAUAUCAGUGUGAUGUUUUCCGUAGCAUGCUCUUGCUCUUGUAUGAGUUGUGCAAUACACCGGUCUAGUUCAGACAUAAUGCUACACCAUAGCAAUUAAGCACAGCUUUCCAGAUUGUCCAAACACAGACAUUCUGUGGUUAAUCUUAAAUGUAGUUAGCAAAAGUAAGCCAGCUUCAGGGCAUAGUUUAGCUUCCUGGUCUGAGGGCAAAUCAUGUACCACCUUGCUGAAGCUAAGCAAGUCCAGCUCUGGUCAGUGCCUGGCUGGGUGAUCACUUCAGAGCCACAUGUACACUGGCUUGGGUUCCAUGAUGAAAGAAAGGUAGGCUGUAAAUGUAGAAAAAUAAACAAACAUAAUGAAUAGUUUAUGAAGCUGGUUUGUUUUUACCUGCCAUGGUGAAGACAGAGCACAGUUUUAGGGUUCAGUAUUAAAUGCUAAACCACAAUUAAUCUAAAGGGAAAGUGGAAUCUGCUGAUCUAGUUGUGGCUGUGUGAGAGGAGAGAGAAUGAAUGAGUGAACAAGCCUGUGGCAGCGGGAGGGCUAGGUUCCUUCUCCUAACAGGAAACCAUUUUUGCCUUCAACAUGACUUCUUUUCCUGCUUCCUUCCAUGUUGAGGUGGCAACACUAGAAAUUGCAGCCUAAAUAUGCUUGGGACCUUCCAGGACAGCAGGAGGGAGGGUGCAAUGGCUGUAGGAGAAAAGGGAAAUUUGUGAACAUCGCUCCUGUUCAUUGAAGCCUUCAGUGGAUCAAAGAGCCUUCUGUGAAUGGAAGUACGCCAUACAAAAUAACCCUAAAUGUUUUAAAUAUAAUGAUCAUUGCUAGUCUAAACAUCAGUCGGGGACUAUCUAGGGUGUGAGACACAGUCCAAAUCAGAGACUCGGAACCAAACCCUGUUCUUUACCUUGGGGUACAUUCUUCCCGUAUACACACAUACACUUCUGACUUGCCCUAUAGGUAUUGGGCCAAGCUACGCAGUUUUAGUUCACACGGUUAUUGUAUUCACACAAUUAAUGAUAGAUCCAUUGCUGCUAAUUUAGAUGUCACUUAUGGACAAAAUUCUGGCCAAAAACAUACUGCUGUCUGAGGCAAGGGGCAAGAUGGUGCUGCCUCCCAUAUUCCUCACACAAAAACCAAAUGGAUUGCUUUGGAGAAAUCCCGGUGGGCGUCUUAAGCAAUACUGAAGUAAUGGUUUGAGAUAUAUAAAGCUAUAACACACAAACCUUUGAAAGCAUUAAAAAGCUGCUUGCUUUUCAAGGUAGUCCAGGAGCAAGCAUGUUCAUUUUAAUGAUACUUUAAAUACUUCAAAAUGAGAUCACUUGGAGGAAAAGCUUAUUGUGCCCUCUUUCAAUACCAGAUAGAAAAGUAUUCCUCAGGGAAUGGAAAAGGUCCACUGCUGGUGGUCCCUGGAGGUUCGUUUUGUGGUUACACGUGGGGCUUUUUACACCUCCCUUCCAUGAGUGUGCUUUCUUUAAAACUAGUGCAAUUAAAGCAUCUUAAAUUGUUAAAGUGCUCAACAAAUCAGAUGAGAAUGUGCAUCCUAUUAUGGCUCACUGUAUACUAAAUAAUCCAGAGGCAGUUUCCUGAGAGAGUCCAGUGGUUCUGGUUGUCUCUUCCCUUCAGUCUUUCCAUGACAGACUUGUUUAUGACAAUAGUGUUCACAGAAGUCUAAUUUCAUCUGCAUGAUAGGCAUAACGGAAGGGAAUCCUGAUUUAACUACAGCUUUGCUGGGAUUUCAAAUGUAGGCACAGAGCUCAGUUUGGGUCACUGAGGUGAUUCUGCUUUAUCAGUGGUGGAGAACCUGUGGUGCUUCAGGUUUUGCUGGACUCCUCCCAUCAUCCCUGACCAUCGGUCCUGCUGGCUGGGGCUGAUGGAAGGCGAGAGUCCAGAAACAUCUGCCAUGCUGCAGGUUCCUCAUCUCCGUAUUAUGCUUUGGUCCAGAAAAAGGAACGGGAAUUCCCUUUAAUUCAACUUUGGAAACUCUUAAGUGUUCCUUUGAUGUAUUUUUCUUCUUCCAUUCUCCAGGUAACCCAAAAGGUGCUAUGCUGACUCAUGGGAAUGUGGUUGCUGAUUUUUCAGGUUUUUUGAAAGUGACAGAGGUGAAUAUUCUAUCUAUUUAUGUUGCAAAAAAAUUUCAGCAGAAUGUAUAACAUGCGGUGAAUCGGUUACUUUGAUGUGGAAACAGCUACCGGAUGUGAAACUGUCUUUUUGAGAGGUCCUCCUUGCCUUGGUGCAUCUGGUGAUACUUUUUCAAACAGAGCUGGGUUGAGUGUUUUUUUUGCAGGAUGCUGAAAUCUCCAGAUCCAUCAAAAUAAUUCAAGUAUCAGUUAAGAUACUAGCCUACAAUGAUCAGUGAGUCUUUUUCUGCCUAGAAAAGGUUUCAGAAUUUUGUUCAAGUCUUUAAAACACUUUUGUAUGAGGAUAACAUCCCAACUUGAGGAUAAAGUUAGAAAUAUUUUGGAAAGAGGGAAGCAAAUCAGGGCUGGAGCAGUGUGUCCUCAGCUUCAAAAUGAGAUAGCAGUCCGUGUUACCUAAAAUGGGUCACAGAACUUUGAACGCUUCUUCUCCUUGUGCUCUGGAAGAAUUGCCAAUAGGAAUGUCCUUUCCCAUCAUUCUCUGUCUGUCUCUCUCUCUCUGUACUCCAGAUUGGAGUAUAUACCAUAAAUGUGUUUCCUACAGUAAAGCUUCAUCUGCAUUGCUGAAAAACCUCAGUCUCGUGCAGUGCCUUAUUAGAUACACUGAUAGUCCUUCCCAUUGUAUUUACCAACUCUUCUAACUGGUUGACUUUUGCUUUCUUAAAGCAUGGGUCCUACAAUUAAUGCAGUAGCAGGAAGCAUGGUGGGGCUGUGCCACUCAUCUGACCUCCCUCCAACUGAACCACUACUGCAUACCAUGAUGAUGAGGGACAGUGGCAAGGCAGUACAGUGCAAAUGCACCAGCAGGAGCACUGUAUUAGUUCUGCAGGCACGUUAGCACUGUGCUGACCUUAGUGGCAUCUUGCUCGUUCCCCUCUCCAUCCUGGUAUGCAGCAGAGACUCAGUCAGAGGAACUUCAGCUGAGUGGCAGAGGCCUACCUCGCUGUCAGCUUCUGUAUUUAUGUAAGUCAUAAUUCAUAGGGGCUUACAUGGAUAUAAUCUCCUGUAAGACUGUGAGAAGUUGUCACUGUAAUAUGAGAAGGAAAUAUAAUUGUAAAAUGUAGCCACAGGUGAUUCCUUCUGUGCAUUGCUCUUCUUAGUUUGAAUGUGAAAUAAUGUAAUGUCUUUGUAGGUUAAAUGAGAACCUAGAAUCAAUGAUGGGUUGUAAAAAUAGGAUCAAUUUAUCCUACAUCAAAGCAUUGUUACAUCAAAGGAUUUGUCCAGCCUUAGCAAGAAUGUGUUGGACUGUUCAUGAAAGUUUAGUACAAUCGAGGAACAUGUGCCAUCAGUCUCUCUGUUCCUGGAUGAAUGCAUCCAGAAGAAAGUUACUUUAUAUAGUCCUGUUCUUAGAAUCACUAAACAGGAUUAGAAACACCACUCCACAUUUUAGAUGUGUGAUUUAUGAUCACUGUCAUUUCAGUUAGUUUGCCAUGAUUUCCAUAGCCAAAAUAAAUAAAUAGUAGCUUAAAGGUUGGUAGCUUAAUUCUUUUUGCCAUUCGUGAGCAUGUUUAGUGUUAUGGGCUGGGCUUACAAUUCUGUAGCAGUUUAAUUCCACGUUAAUUACGCUUCAAGUGUCCUUAUGGAUAAUGUGGAUCAAACUCACUUUCCUUUUAAAAAAAAUUGAACAAAAGAGAGGAAGAUAAAAAGAUAGCCUCUUCCACUGAGAAAACAUUGUGAUCAUGGUAGCAAAAACCUGCUGGGUAUUAACUAAUGUUACAUUAUCAUUUAAAGUUGAUAUCCAAGUGCCGAUUUAAGCCAUAGCAGGCGUCUAAUACUUUAAGUCUGCAAGAUUAGUUCAUAAGGUUGCCUUCUUUUUCUCUCCCUAGUAGGAUUUCUGUGCCAAGCUGCCUGGUAGGAAAAAUCUAAUCUAUUAAAUUUUGGUUAGCAAAUUGCCUUUGUAUCCCCGCAAAGUGUCACCUGCUACAUUUCUAUUGAAGAACAUAGGAAGCUGUCUUAUAAAAUGAGUCUGACCAUUGGUCUGUCUGUCUCAGUAUCUAACACUGACUGGCAGCAGCUCUCCAGAAUUUCAAACAGGAAUCUUUUCCAGCCCUACCUGGAAAUACCAGGGAUUGGAACUGGAACUUUUUGCAAGCAAAGCACAUAGGUUCUAGCACCGAGCCACAGUCCUGCUUACCAGGUAGCUUAUUAGUGGCAAAAGAAUCCUGCCAGGGAGAGGUGAGGAUCCUGUCAACCUUAUGAUCCAAUCUUCUGGUCUUGAGCUGUACUAAUGCUCAAAUGGGUAUUUGGAAAUAAAGUUUAAAUCAUUUGCCAUACAAGGUGUGCAAAAAAGAUCUGCUGUAGCCGAGUGGUGCAGGACACACUUUGCAUGCAAAAGGUCCUCGGUUCAGUCCCCAGCAUCUGCCCUCAGGGCUGUGGAGGACUUCUGCCUGACAGUCUGGAAAUCUGCAUCCAGUCAGUGCAGAGCAAUAGACUGUGGCUUCCCAUGCUCCCAAUUCAGGUGAAUGUUGGCACUCGGCUUUGUUGUUUAGCAACCGGACACCUUUGCAGGAAACCUCUUAGGAGAAAAGAGCUAUGCCUUACCUUGGAAUAUCACAGGGCAACAGAAGUGUCAAGGACAGAGGACAUUGGUCGAAGGGCAUGCUCGCCACCCAGCUCUCCGCACAUGCUCUGCGCAGCGGAGAGCGCUCUCUGCAUACGUCCCUGUGUUCUUCAUCACUCCUGCUAACAUAGUUCCAUUGGUGUUGUGGCCUAACGCAUUACUUCAAACACUGUUCUCUUUUUUCUCGCUUAAUAAUCUUUACCCCUUUUGCUCCUCUUGGUGCCAUUUUUCUUUUUUAUUGUUUUAUGACUUUCUUGUUGUGUCUUCCUGUCAGUGUUUCUUUCCUUUCUGUCUCCCAUGCCCUUCAUCUGCAGAAAGUGAUCUUUCCGAGACAGGACGAUGUGCUCAUCUCCUUCCUGCCUUUGGCUCACAUGUUUGAAAGAGUGAUCCAGGUAAGAAACCUGUCUAGACUGACCCGGGCCUUGCGGGGCUCCUUGUUUUUGUUUUUUUUCCAGAGUCAGUGGUCUCCUACAUUUGAGGAUGCACACAUUUCCUAUUUGCCUUUAGCACACAUGUUUGAGAGAAUGGUACAGGUAAGGUCUUAGUGUCAGUGGAAGUCCACUAAUUCCCCUUGAUCAAUGAGUCUGCUAAUGGUCACAUUUGUAUGCCACACUAAACUGUAGUUUAGCAUGAUGCGCAUAAGCUGCACAGAGCUGCAGUGUCAGGCUUACACACUCCUCCUCCUCUGCAUGUCUGAGAAAAGGAGUGAUUUCAACAUGGUCAGUUUCCACAAGCCCAGUUCAAAGCAUAGUUUCUGAAGCUGUAUUGUUUAAACUAACCGCGGUUAACAUUAAGAACAGCUCUAGGUUUAGGCAACAUGGGAAACAGCGCGUAACCAAAAGUGAAGGCUUUUGAACUCCUUCUCAUGGCUGCAUGGAAGUAAGAGAGUGGAGGAGAGGGAAGAGCCUGAGGAAGGCAUAGGCAAACUCGGCCCUCCAGAUGUUCUGGGACUACAACUCCCAUCAUUCCUAGCUAAAAGGACCAAUGGUCAGGGAUGAUGGGAGUUGUAGUCCCAAAACAUCUGGAGGGCUGAGUUUGCCUGUGUCUGGCCUGAGGCUUAAUGCUGCCUGUGCACAUCCAUGGUUUAGUCAUGGUUUGGGUUUUACCGUGGAUUCAGUGGCUGCAAUGUGGUUUGCAACUACGGCCUGUCUACUGUAAAAGUAAAAACACUUACACUCCAGAAAUGCCAUGGGCUAUUUGACAGGGGGAAUUUUCAAGCCCCAGUUCUUUGCCACCUCCCCACCCCAGACUAUGUCUCCCAACUUCCAGCUGCUGCAGAGCCUGUCUGCUGCAGCAUAACGGGAUUCUGACUGCUCCAAAACUAGUGUUGAAAUUUCUAGUGGACUUAUACAUGACUGAAUGAGCAUUCUUUUAUUCCACUGACUUAAAGCUGGGUCUGAAGAAAACUGUUCCCAACAGAGCCUGAAUCACAGCACCAAGUGUGGUUUUCCUUUAGCAAGGAAACAAAUCUCAACAAAUAAAGGUCUCUUUUGAAGAAACUUUUAUAUAAAUUUGAGAUUAAUCCAGUUACCAUGCAAAAGAACGGAAAGGCCCAGAGGUUAAAUAAUAACAUACUAUUUUCUGAGAGAGGCUAGACAUUGCACAACUCUUGAUAACAGAUUUGGGGGUGGGGAGGAGAAAAAUGCCUCCCUAUCCCGUUCUGCUGAGAUAUUCCUUCUGUCAAUGGACAGGCAGCAUUGAGUACUCCCCUACAGAAAUUAACAACCGGAGAGGCAGUUUUCACAAGCACCAUAAUGAUAGUAGCUGCUGCCAGUUCAUAAAUCAUCUGGUUCACAUAUUACUUUGUCUAUGCUAACAUAUACUGGGAAAAGUACAAGACCCUUUGCAUGUAGGUGUCCUGGCUCCCACCCAACACACAGAAACCCUAAUGUGUGAGUAAGAAGAGAUGCUUAUUCAGGCAAGUAAUGGUACAAGGUCAGCAGAAGACAAAGAGUUCAGGAAUCAGGGAAUACUUUCAGAACUGGAUGGAAGCAACAAAGAUGUCCCGACAGGUUUCAUGCCCCAUCCACUAACCUUUUAAAGGCAUGGCAUGCUCACUCACAAGAGUCACUCACUUUGUAGGAAUGUCAGAAUUGCAACCACGUGCUCCUUCAGGGUGGGUGGGUCUGCUCCCUUCUGCGAAGGUGGCAGCUGCUUCUAGGCAACAAUACUGCACCCUAGGCUCCAGAUUCCCUGUCUAGCAAUGCCUGAUCUCACCAUUCAGGUCUCCUUUCAGUUUCCUCCUCCGAUGUUGGGGCCUGCCAAUCCAAACCCGAUCCCAAUCACACAGCUGAGAUCUUAACAUUAUGACCAAAUGACCCAUACUAAAUGACCCAGAUCAAGGAGAGCUAUUCAUAAACAUCCAUAUAAUGCUUAAGAAAGCAUUGUUUAAAUGAGCAGGAAGAAUAGUCACUAUUUAUGUGAUUAAACUAAAAUUUAUUUUUUUCUGCCUUUCCCAUCACAGUCUGUAGUGUAUUGCCAUGGGGGGCGAAUUGGGUUCUUCCAAGGGGACAUUCGCCUGCUGUCUGAUGAUAUGAAAGCACUGCGUCCCACCAUAUUUCCUGUUGUGCCAAGACUGCUGAACAGGAUGUAUGACAAGGUAAGCCUAACAUAUGUUUUAGAGAUUAAAGCAAUCAGUGAUGGUCUACAGUCUACAGUGAUGGUCUACCCAAUGAAGUGGACCUACUGAAUACUUCUUUUUUGCAUCUUGAAUUCUUUGGCUGCUUUGUUUUCCACUUUUCUGUAAACCAGCAGUAACAAACUUUCUCAGAGUUAUCACAUUUGAAAAGUGAAAAGUUUUAAACAUGUUAAAACAAGAUAAAAGAAAAAUGGGCUUUGAGGACAAGAAAUCAAAAUUCAAUAUAGAAAUAAUAGAAGGCAAAAACAAAACAUUGUCUAAAUUAUAUGACAUAUUACUGGAAUGGCAUACAAAAGACGAGGAAGUCAAAGAGGCAAUGAUUAAAUGGGCAAUUGACUUCGGUUAUAACAUCGAGUUUGAAAAGUGGUUGAAAUUGUGGAAUAGAGACAUCAAAUUUACGGCCUGUACUGAGUUUGAGAGAAAAUGUUUGGAAAAUGCUCUAUAGAUGGUAUCUUACGCCGGCAAAAUUGGCUAAAAUCUAUAGAUCAGAAAAUAAGACAUGCUGGAAAUGUGGUGAAGGGGAGGAGACCUCUACCAUAUGUGGUGGCAAUGCAGCAAGGUGAAGGUUUUUGGGAAGCAAUUUAUAAUGAACUUAAAAAGUUUUUAAAUACACUUUUCCCAAGAGACCUGAGGCCUUUUUGCUGGGAAUAAUGGGUAAGGAAAUAAAAAUGAAGAUAAAAAAUAUUUCUCUAUGCCACCACAGCCGCAAGAAUUAUGCUGGCACAAAACUGGAAAAUAGAAACUAUUCCUAACAUAAGUGACUGGCAGGUCAAAAUGAUCAACUAUGCCGAGCUAGAUAGAUUAACAGGCAGAAUACGAGACCAAGACGACCAGAAAUUUCAAAAAAAUUGGAGUAAGUUUUGGAAAUAUAUUGGAACGGAUAUAUAGGAGGAACUGGCGGUAUUAGAAAAACUUUAUCAGCUAAUAACUAUAAACUUUAAUAAACUAAGUACGCAACCCGGGACUUAUUUGAUACUUACCAAAAGGGUGAAGGGAAGUCAAAGGCUAAGGAGAGCCUAAUGGUUAUAUUAUUAUUUUUUGUAUGAACAUAUGCUUUCUUUUUGUAUAGUAUGAAAAUAGGAUGAAUAAUUUAUGUUAAAAUGUUUAUUUUUGUAUUUGUUAGUUCUUUUUUCUUUUCUUUAUACAAAUUCUGAAUAAAAACUUACUUGCAAAAAAAAAAAAGAAAAGUGAAAUGAACUCCCAAGUUAUACCUAGUUUUGUGCAUUGCUGUUUAUUACAUGUACAGUGGUGCCUCGCAAGACGAAAUUAAUCCGUUCCGCGAGAGUCUUCGUCUAGCGGUUUUUUCGUCUUGCGAAGCAAGCCCAUUGACGGAUUAGCGCUAUUAGCGGUUUAGCGGCUAUUAAAGGCUUAAAGGCUUAGGGGAUUAGCUGCUAAAAGGCUAUUAAAGGCUAUUAAAGGCUUAGCAGAUUAGAUAAAGGGGGGGGAAAGCGAAAAAAAAAUCUCAAGACUCGCAAGAUAUUUUCGUCUUGUGAAGCAAGCCCAUAGGGGAAUUCGUCCUGCGAAGCAACUUCAAAACGGAAAACCCUUUCGUCUAGCGGUUUUUCCGUCUUGCGAGGCAUUCGUCUUGCGGGGCACCACUGUAGUCAGUAUAACUUGCACAUCCUCAGUAUGAGUCUCCCUUCUGUCUGAUGUUGUAGCUUAGCAGAUAGGAUACUGACCAGAAGAAACUUGUGCCUCUAGUUCCACCACCUAUGCUUUUCUAUGCCUAAAGAUUAUUAUUGCUAGCAGGAUGCCCAGAAGGUGAGCUUUGACUUGUGAAGGCAUGGUCUGUUAAUCAAAGCUGUUUCGCUUACUAAAUUAAUGUAUUGGUUCACACAACGGAAAGUCUUAAAGUGAUUUCAAGAAAAGCAAAGCACAAAAUUACAUUAUAAAAAUAUUCAUACAAACGAUGCAGCACCCAGUCUGCUUUAUCAGAGAAGCUCCCUUUCCACCGACUUGCAAAAAGCAAGUGUUAAGGUGUCAUGUGCAAUGUUAUCAGGGCUGUUUGUGAGCGGGGAAUUAGCAUCCCAGUCAUACUUAAAAACCUUUCUCCUGAGCAGCCUCAAGUUUCUAAAUGCAAGCCUCCUCACUACUGGGCCAUGGGAAGUUUCUCACAGGGAGCCACUGUAGACUCUUUCCAGCACUCUGUUUGUGCCUUGUUUGUAGGCAGGGAAUGUGUACUAGGGCAAGGUGAUGUCAUCAAUACGUUCCCAGCUGUCACCAUGGACUGAUUGGUGCUUUACAUGCAUGGGGUGCUGCUAAGCUGUGAAAGAUACACAACAGCAAAUUUUCCAGAGAUGCUUCAGGAGUGUCUGUUAAGAGUUGACCUACUUUCUUUUUUCUAAUGAUGUUAUGACUGCACAAUGCUUGAUUUACCCAUCAUACCCGGGAAACUAUGAAUGUGAUACACAUUUAUUAUUGGUACCCAGUUCUUGUCUAGGUUUUCUGUAUCCACCCCCCUAGAUACAAAACAGACGUCUAGAUACAAUUUAUAUAUUUUUUGUUUGGAAAUUGAUUCAACGUUCUUUCUUUUUCUUUAAUGAAAUCUGAUGUGGAAGGCAAGCAUGUGUACAUCAUAUUGCAACAUUUGCCAGUAAAAUACUUCGGGGUGGUGGUGGUGGGGCUGACUUCUGGUGAAAUCUUGUCUAUCUGGAUAGACAAUAGAGAAGGGUAUCUUUGUGUAGAAACCAGCCAAUGAUAACAUUUAUAUUUAUUGCUCUGCCCACUUCCACCUGUGGCCCCACCCAAUCCUGGAAUGUGGCCCUCAGCAAGGACUGUGUCCCGUGGGCUGCCGAAGCCUGUACAUUUCUUUGCUUUUUCACAUCUUUGCUGUGUACCAGCAUUGUAUACCUGAGAAUGGAUUUGCAAGCAGGAAAAGGAGCUUGUGAAUCAACAUACUUGAAGUUGUAACGGCAACGUGAAAGAAGUCUGACUUCCACUCCCUAACAUUUUUGCAUGUGAGGCUGUUUAUAAAAUGAUUUCUGAUGAAUCUUAGGUUGGUUUGACAUGGAGAUAUGCCAUAAUUGCCACUUCAUAAAACAUUAAUAAAAAUAACAGCCAGCCACAAUUAGCUCAUUAACAGACUGGGAACUGCUCUGCAGCAGCCAGAUGUUUCUAUUCUGUUGUUACAAUAUCCCCAAUAAUUCUAUAUAGCUGUGCCAAGCUAAUUACACAAUGGAAGCCCUUGGGAUACCUUAAUCUCUAUACAUACUUUUCAGUGAUUUUGUUUUCCCUUAGAAGAGAACAGAAAGCAUAAUUCAGAGUGAAUUGCAGCAGAAGAGCUUUAUUGUUAACUUUUAGCAGUGGUAUAGUUAUGAUUAAUUCAAACAAUUAAUUAUACUGCUGGCAUCUGUGGAGCCCUGUCUGCUUAUGCCAGUGAUAAAUUUGGUCCCGCUUCCCUUUUAAGCUGUGCAAUCUUUUCUCUCUCCCCACGCCCUGCCAUUCUGCAUUCUCUUAGAUCUUCAGUCAAGCAGACACCCCACUGAAACGCUGGCUUCUGGAAUUUGCUGCCAAGCGUAAAAAGGCAGAAGUUCAAAGUGGAAUAAUCAGAAAUGACAGCCUGUGGGAUAGACUAUUCUUUAAUAAAAUACAGGUAAGGAUCUGGAAAAAAUGGGCACUUGUGCAAGGAACCCUUUACGAAAAUGAAAUUGUACAUGAAACUAGAAAAAUUACUAAUGGGGGGGGGGGGGACAACCUUUCCCAGGGAGCCUUCUUGCCCUGUAAAGGAUUGGGUUUUGGCCCCAGCAGCAAUUUUUAUGGGUUAGGCCUUUGAAUGGCAUUGUUAUUCAAAUGAAUGGAGACAAACCUUGGCCUGAGUGGGUCCCAGUCACUGAAUGGGUGUUUGCCCCCUAGCAACAGUUUUACUGUCCUUCAAAGGAGCAGUAAACCAGGAAGUCUCUUUCAGUCUGGAUUUUAAUCAAAACUGGAGAAUCUGGAUGCUCCCUGACUUAAUUUUCAGGCAUGAGCCACGGCACUGCCCUGUCUUUGCAACAGACAGAAGCAACUUGUUUAAGAGUCAACUAAUCUUUCACUCUCUUAUAGGCUGUUUAGUUUUAUGCAAGUUCACAAGUACCUAAACUGUGAAAAACACAGGAAAUGUUGCUAUCAAAGCGACUAAUUCAGGAUUGCUGGAGUAAACAAAGAGACCCCAAAUAGGCGCCGUUCUUCUUAUAGAAUCCCGAUCCUCUUACUGUGAAAAUUCGCAGACCAAAAGUGAAAUUUAAUGUAGCUUUAAGGAGAUUGUUCAUCAGUGCAAAGAUUUCUGCUUACCUGAUAGAACAAUCUCAUUCCUGCUCCCCUGUGUGCUGUUCUGGGGUUACUUUCAACCCCCCAGAGCACAUCUGGGAGCAGGGCAUGAGGCAAGAAAUGAAGCCAUUACUAGAAACACAAAAGGAAAGCUUGGACCAGUAAGAAGCAAGAUCAUAUUCAGAGUCUAUCAGAAGGUCUCAACUACAUUAGAGUUUUACUCAACAGUACUUGCUUCAACCAAUUGUGUGCUCCUCCAAAAAAAUGGUAAUGAUAAAAAAUUAAAAGCGAGACACUAAAAUACAAGGUUGUAGCUAGCUAUGGCUUUGCAGUAGUAGAAAAUGCUUAUGAUUGUGUAUGGCGGGGCAUCCAAUUUUCACCCAUUGUUCCUCCCUGCUGCACCUCUGUACCUUAUCCCAUGCUAUUUGGAACAGCUUUGUAGGGACUGCAGUGGGUAGGGAAGGAAUCCAUGAAAAUUGGAUGUCAUGGUUUGCAUGAGGAUACACUUUCUGCUAGUGCAAAACCAUCACUGGAUACAGACAAUCCAGUUUUAUUUGACAUGAAAACAGAAUACUCUACAGCCCAUAUUAUGCAUUCAGAACUACGCUCCCUCCCCACCCCAUUUAACAUAUAACAUCAUUCACCUAGGUUGAGGUGUGUGUGUGUGUGUGUGUGUGUGUGUUAUGUGUGGCGAGGUCAGGAAUGUAGCUGUUUGCGUGGCGAGGCCCUGGGCCCCGCAGUUCCAUUAGACAAUAAACACACGGACACAAAUGUUUAGGUUAAUGGGAUAAAACAGGCCACAACUUUAUUGGUUACAGAUGUGAGCAGCUUGGCUUAGGCAUUGGGUGAAACCAGACUAUAUCCUGACUCCUGCACAUCUGCAGGGAGUCUCAUAAGGGUAAACCACUGGUAGGGGGAGCCCUAUGAUAUACAUUGAUUAAGAGCACCCCCAGGGUCCCCAAUGGGGUCGUGGCAUGGCUUUGGACAGGAUCCACACGCCCAGGUCCCUUUAACAGGAUACCCUUAACGUGGAGGGGCAGGCGGAGGCAACAACCUCCCCUCCCAUAAACAAGGCUUACCCAAUGCCUAACCGCCACUCGAGCCCCAAAGGCUCGCCGCCAACUUAAAUGUCUAGUGGCCAUGCCCCCGGCCAACCUGAUUGGCCAGCCGGGGGGCGUGAUGCGGCCGGGAGUCCCUAUGACUUGGGCGGCAUCCCUCUACCCACAGCUGGGUUACUUGGAGGUCCUGGAUGCACUCCUGCAACACUGUCCCCCCUGGGAAGGGGAGCGGACUUCCAGCAUGCAGUGUGAUCUUCAUAAAUGUGGGAGAUGAAAGAGGUUUGGAAAUAUAGGCAUAAACUAUUCGACUAGAUCUAACGGGUAGACUGAUCUUUGUUGUCCCUGAAAGCCCAAAGUAUACUGUGCAAAUAUGUACAAUAACUUCUUUAUGCUACAUGCUGUUUUUUCAAAGUUCUCUUUGCCCAACAGGCAAGCCUGGGUGGCUGUGUUAGGAUGAUUGUAACAGGAGCUGCUCCUGCUUCUCCCACUGUUCUGGGCUUCCUUCGAGCAGCCCUGGGAUGUCAGGUAUGUUGCACCUGUACAUUUAUCCAGUUGCACUUUUUAUUUCCUAGCUAGAAGUUCUGCUACCAUUAGGGGAAAGCUAGAUUGUUAAAAAUGAGCUGUGGUAUUAACUAAUAACACUGUGGGAACUAAACACAUCCAUAAUGGAAAUAGGGAGAGUUAAGUAUUAGGACCAUAUAAAGAGCCAUGUUUACGUACAGCAAGUCCCUUGCAAAAGUAAUAAGCUAAUGGUAAAGAUCUGGUCAGAACUUGUGUCUAGAUUUUAAUUUACAGCUCAGAUCAGGUGGGGGAGGUACUAUAGACGGAUUGGGGCCAGAUUUGUCUGCCUUCCAGUUCUGUCUAAGGGGAAUCCCCCUCCUUGGAUGCCCCUGUGUUUCCUAGAUACCACUGAAGAUCUCCCGUUUUAAGAAACAAGUUUGAUGCACCCACCCUUCUUAAAUGGGUGUUCAAGGUGGCAGGGAUGCUGAGUAAGACAAACCCAGCUUGCAGUGUCUUUCCUUUUUCUUUAGCAGCAACCACCGACAGGCCUUUUCAGGUGUGGGCAGAGGCCUGUAGCACUAAACUUGACCAAUAAUUGGCUCAUGCCAUUCUCAGCCAGGUACUAGCUUGGAACUAGCUUGCAGUACAAGUUCCAAAGUGCAUCCUCUUCAGGUGCUCCCAGAGUUCCUACAAAGGAGAGAUUUCUCCUCCAUCUUUAAUGUCUUUCUCCAUCUCUAAAUUCAGCAAUCAGAAGUUAUUAUUGUACACAAUUGUAAUUUAGAUUGUGUUCUUCCGGAGUCCCAACACUGGAGAGAAAAGUACCAUAUUUUUUGCCCCAUAGGACGCACUUUUUCCCCUUUUUCAAAAAUGAAGGGGAAAUGUGUGUGCGUCCUAUGGGGCGAAUGCAGGCAUUCACUGAAGCCUGGAGAGCGAGAGGGGUCGGUGCAAACCGACCCUUCUCGCUCUCCAGGCUUCGCACCGGGCUCCCGCAGCUUGCGGAGAGUUGCCUGCAUGCCGAAGGCUGGGCGCGCUACGCUCAGCGCGCCCAGACUUUGCGCGGCUCUCCGCAAGGCGUGGGAGCCCUACACUGGGCUCCCACGGCUUGCGGAGAGUUGCCUGUUCUGGGGGCUGGGGUCGGGGGAAGCUCGGGCUUCCCCCGCCCCAGCCCCGCGCCUGGGGGGAAAUACAUUUUUUCCCCUUUAUUUCCCCCCAAAAAACUAGGUGCGCCUUAUGGGAUGGUGCAUCCUAUAGGGCGAAAAAUACGGUAUAUAUUACUUAUUUAUUUAUUUUUGGCCUUCAAAUAAAAUGGUGAAAUUAGCAUCAUCUUGUUUAAAUGAUGCAGGCCUCUGAAUACCUGUUCUGCCUCUGAAUACCAGUUGCUGAGGAGAAUUCGGCAGGUGGGAGAAUUCGGCUGUCCAUUUGUCCUGCUUGAAGGCUUCCAAUAGGCAUCUGAUUAGAUGGACCUUUGACUAGAUGGACCUUUGGUCUGACCCAGUAAAGUUGUUCUUAUUUUCCUACAUACUUUUGACAGGUCUAUGAAGGCUAUGGUCAAACAGAAUGCACAGCUGGCUGUACCUUCACUACUCCAGGGGACUGGACAUCAGGUAAUAAACCAGGCAGGGUACUGAAUCAUCAAUUAAUCAAUUGCCUUUUUAUGCAUUGUGAAAUAAUUCACAGAUAAAUAAUAAAAACAGAUAAGAAUAAUUGUAAAAACAAUACAUAAACCAAAUAAAGUUAGCUGUGAAAACAAUACAAAAUGAACAUCAAAGGCAGGGACCUUUUCAUCCAGCUGGAAAAGCUUGUUGAAACAAAUAUGUCUACCAUUACCCCACCAGAAACUACAGAUAGUGGGCACCUUUCAUAUCCCAACAGAGAUAAAUGUUCCACAAAACAGGAGCAGCCGCACUGAAAACUCUGCUUUGAAAUACUGUGGCUUCUGAUAUUUCAGAGAUUUUAAGGAUAAACUCCUGUAGAAUGAAGUGACCUGCUAGGUAUAUGAGGAAUAAGGCAGUCCCUCAAGAAAUUCUGUUUUAGAAUGCAAGUUUAAUUAGCUUAUUUAAGCUUGAAAACAAUUAGGUCAGAAUCCUAAAAUGUCAUGUAUGUGCGUGCAGGAGGAUGACGUGUAAUCAUGAUAUACUUUGCAGCUUUGGGCUCAGCAUUUUUCACUGCCAAAAAGGCAAGCAGCUUUAAAAACCAAUCAGUGGUUUGUCCCUUUUCUCACUGAAACAACAGCUGUGCUCAGCCUAAACAAAUGCUACUUAUCAGUAUGCGUAUAUCAUUUCUUUAGAUCCCAGCUUCUGUGACUUACGAUAAUCUGUGGCCCUGUUUGGAUUUUGUUUCCUCCUUUGGAUUGUCCUUAGAAAGAGAUGAGCUCUGGGUUAUAUGUGCUCUUUCCCCUCACUCCUAAUUACAAUUAUUAUUUUUCACUAGACUAGCGAUAAAACUGCAUCUUCAGCAAUGUUCAGAUACUUUUAUGAUAAUAAUCUGCUGUAGUCAUUUUACUUUUGUUUCACUUUAAUUUUUUAAAAAAGACGAAUGUCUCCUUGGCAAGAAGCCAGUGACUCAAUUGCAGAGCAGUCUCCUUCACCAGAGAGCACUGUGAACUGCACUGUCACUUUCAUAAAUCUAUGUCGAGGGAUUAGAUCCUGCACUGGGCAGAUUGUUGGCCUAGAUGACCUCUAUGGUGCCUUGCAACUUAAAAACUAUCAUUUCUCUGUGAUUUGCAGGUCAUGUUGGAGCACCUUUGCCCUGUAAUUUAAUCAAGCUGGUGGAUGUUGAAGAACUAAAUUACUUUUCUUCUAAAGGAGAAGGAGAGGUAACAUGCACUCUUCCUGAACUCUUCGCUGUCUCACUUGUAGUUUAAAAAAGCCAAUGAACCAUUUUCCAGAGGCAAGAUCUGUCACUCCUUUACAGGAGAUAGGAGGGUGCAAAGAUACAUAUAUUUCUCAAGGACAUGACCAACAAGCUCAGGUGCAGGAGGAGUUUGCUCUGGUGCUCAGAAAGGCAAGCGAGCAAGUCGGGCAUUGGCUCUCAUUCUUUCAUUUCAGUACUGAUGAUCCAAACUUCAUGCAGGGUAGUGGCAAGAAUUCCUGGAACUGACAGGAGCUGGGAAGGGAUAAGGUUCAUGACAUAACUCCUUAGAAGCCUAGUUUAGGAUGAGCAGCUAAAGGAAAACAGGCACAAUGAAACAUACACAGCAUCCUUGGAGUGAGAUGGUGGCAGUGGAGUAGACAUUCAUCUUGUCCUGCUGGCCAGGAUUAGUAUUGUGGUGAGGCUGCUUUCUGAUUACUGUGAACAGGACUAUUAUUGUGGAUUUGCCUUGAAGGAAUGCAGGAGCACAAUUUGGUUUUGAACAAAAAAACGGUUCAUCAUUAAAAGAUGGUUUCUUGGUUCUCUCUGGAAUAAUUUGAAAAGGGGGGGGGCAAAGAAGAGUGGCACCUGAAAGUCCAACAAAUAAGUUAUAGCAUAAACUUUCAUAGUCUUAGGGCAUAAGUUAUUGUGGACUAUGAAAGCUUAUGCCAUGAGGCAUUUCUUAAGUCUUCUACAAGACUCUUUCUGCUGCAACAGUCUGAUAUGGCAACACACAUUUCACACCCAGCUGAGGAUGGUGUAAGCAAAAUAUGUGCAUUUGAGAAAGAAACAGAAGAGCAACUGGAGUUUUGGAGACAGAGAAAGCUUGGAGCUGUAAGCUAACAGCAGCUGAGGAGGAAGAAAGGUGUCUUUCUCUGGCAAUCUGGUGUGGGAACAAUGGACUGGCUUUGUUGAAUGUUAAGCUGUCUGCCUCCACCUAUGCUUGACUUGCAUAUAUUUAUUUAAUACAUAAUUUUAUUUUGCAAACUGCAGUACAAUAAACAACAACAACAAAGCAAAAAGUUGCAGAUUUCUCAUGCAUCAUUGUUACAGGAUAUAAUUGAGGGGGAUAAGAAUUAAAAAAUAAUAAUUAAAAUAACUAUCUGAUAUAGCCUCUCCAAAAUACAGCCCAGGUAGUUGGAUAAAUUUGUAAAUCAACCCAAAUAUUACAAAACAUCCUAAGUUGCGAACAAUGCUUCUAUCCUGCCUGUUGUGCAUCUAACAGUAUGUUGUGUUGGCUCAGGCUGGUCUUUGCUCAGAUAGAACAGAAAACCUUCACUCAGGAAGCAUUACACAUGUUCCAAUCUACUCAUUGUUGGCACAGAGUCCUCAUAGGCAAACAGCUGUGCUUCUAGAACUCACAGGUCCAGCUUCCUGAAAGUCUCCCACCUUGUAUCAGUGGUGCCAACCGUAUAUUUGUGUGGUUGGCCCUCCCCUCCCCAGAAAAGGGUUGUGUCAGUAUUCAGUGGCAUGUGAUUAUAAAAUAAGAGUUCCUUGUGUGGCUCAGUCUAACCCAUAGGCUGAGGUUCUUGAAGACUUUUUGCCUAUAUAUUCAUCAUUUGUGUGAAGUUAUAACAAUUGGCCUAAGUCUCUCUUUUCAAAAAAGAUGUCUACCUUGCAGUGUACCAGCAGAUCUAUCUCUUGCAGAUUUGUGUGAAAGGUCCAAACGUUUUCAAGGGCUACCUGAAAGAUAGAGAGAAAACCACGGAAGCUUUAGACAAGGAUGGAUGGCUUCAUACUGGGGAUGUCGGGAAGUGGUUGCACGUAUGUACUGAAAUGCUAACUUUGCACACUAAGAUUGCAGGUUUACAAGCUCCUCUGACCAAAGGAAUAAGUGAAUUAGACAUUGAUGUGUAUGUCAGAUCAUGAGUAUAGUGGUGGAUAAAAAUUACUACAGUGUACAUCAGGGUUCAGCUCCAACAUUGGUUCCCUUCAGAUUCCAACCCUCCCCCGGCCUUAUUUUAUGGGUUUAUGGGCUACCUCAUAGCAAUUGUCACAUCUUACUGGUGGAUAAGGCAUUGGGUUGGAUCCUCAGUCUAUGUGGGUGGGGGUGGAGGCCCCUCCCCUGCUCCAUGGUCACAGGGUAUCCCCUUAAUGGGAGCCUGGGGGAGGUACUUCUUGUUCUGAUACCUAGCUUGGGAGCUAAUGGGCUAUAGCACCCCAAAUGGUGAUUUGGGGGUUUGCCCAGAUAUGAUACAUAUUGUGAUAUGUAUCUGUCCCUGUGGGGUGACCCAUAACCUUGAUCAACCCUGCCAAUCAUCCACCUGCAGUUGGGCUGGUUGAGUUCAGGAUACCUACCCAAUGCCUACCCCAAAACCUGCUGACACCAAUAGUUGUAGCCUGUUUAAAUCCCAACACUGCUGUUCUUUGUGUUGUUGUGAUUAAUGUUAUACCUAACCCCCUCCCCGCCCAUGGCUCUACUAUGCCUGGGCCUGCCACUUUCUGUUAGGUUUCAUAGAUAUUUGACCUUAGCUUCUUUGGCCAGUCUGAGAAAUUUGAAAUCUGUUUGAAUUCUGCUGCUCAGAAGGGACCCAGUAGACUGGAGCUGAGUUGCAGGCAAGGCGAUCUCACUUUUCCCUAGCUUUACGUGAUUACUUGCUGCUGUAUAAGCGUGUCCCCACUUGCAGGCUUCCCUUCGGCAUCUGAUUGGCCCCUGUGGGAGAUAGGAUGCUGGACUGAAUUGGCCUAAGGCCUGAACCAGCAGACAGACUCUUCUUACAUUCUUAUGUUAUUUUUUACUCACAGAAUGGUACACUUAAAAUAAUUGAUCGAAAAAAGCAUAUAUUUAAACUGGCUCAGGGAGAAUACAUUGCACCAGAGAAAAUUGAGAAUAUCUACAUUCGCAGCGAGCCUGUUGCCCAGAUAUAUGUGCAUGGAGAUAGUUUACAGGUAAUGCUAUCCAUUUUCUAAACAUUCCUUGAAAUUUGGUCAUGCCUUUUAUACCAUUUUGUAUUGUUUCCUGGGUUGGGGCGGUUGCAUUUAGGAACAGGCAAGGUGUCAUAUUUAUUCCAUUUAAUAAUGUUCAAAAUGGAUACAAGAUGUUGGUUCUGUUACCUGCUGAGCAGGUAAGUUCAGCAGCUAGAUACAUAGUUUAAUGAGAGGAGCACAGCAUUCGCUCACUGAUGUCCCAGGCACAAGGCAUUCUGGGACAUGUAGCAAACUUUCUGGCGCAGUGGUCAUUGAUUGACCUGCAUACUCUAUAAAGUCUGUAUAGAUCAAUAGGGAAACAACUGCAUAAGCAGAGUUAAGCAACACACCCACAUGCAGAUUUUGUAACAUUUGGGGCCAACCUCCUAAUGGAACUGGAAGAGUGAAGGACUGUGGAGGAGAAGUGGGAGUAACCUUACUGCAGAACUACUUACUGUAUAUGGAAGCCAUUUUCAAAAGUUAAGAGAACAGAGCUCUGCUCUGAACCUCCUCUGCUGAGAACACACACACACACACACACACACACACACACACACACACACGAGUGCUCUGACUCUUGUGAUAAGCAGAAGCUGCUGUAUCAUUGUUUGAGGAAUGGGGGCAAAGGGCAAAGAACUUGACAAGCACUCUUAUUUAGGAAGCACAGAUAAGAGAGCACAGCAAAAUUCAAGGGAUCAAGAUGGGUUUGCUGUGUCACAAAUACAGUCCCCAAUUUUAUCUGUAUCGUUGCAGGCUUUCCUGGUGGGGGUUGUUGUACCUGAUGCUGAAAUCAUGCCAGCCUGGGCCAAGAAAAGAGGUUUUGAUGGAACUUUUGAAGAGCUCUGUAAAAAUGCGGUAAAUUGCUUAUGUACAUGUUCCUGUGCAUUAUUAACAUGCAAUUCAGUGCCAAUUUGGGCUGUGUGUGUGUCUGUGUGUGUGUGUGUGUGUGUGUGUGUGUGUGUGUGUGAACACAGACAAACAUAGAUUAUAAUUCUAAUUGGUAGAUCAGAAUUUGCCAGUGCACUGAAAGAGCCUUAUGGCGAAUGAUGCAAUAUGAUAAGCUGAAAGGCCAACUUCAAUGUUACAUUAAAAGCAGCCUUCCAUAUCCUGUUGUCCCCAAGAUGUUUUGGACUCCCAACCCCCAGCAGCUCUAGCCAGCAUGGCCAAUGGUCAGGGAUGAUGGGAACUGUAAUCCAGAAUAUCAGGAGAGCACCAAGAUGGGAAUGGCUGAAUUAAAACAGUUCAGCUAAUGUGUUUGGAUCUGACUGACUUUUUCUUUAGAAAAAAAGCAGCUAUAGGGGGCUCUGAUCUGGAUCAGAUCCAAAGCACAGAAGGAAGGAGCUUAACUAUGCCCUGUUUUCCUGCUAAUAAUAAUGCCCCCAAAUAACAUAUUUACUGCUUUGGAUAGUUUUCAGGCAAAAAGGGAAAAGGAGUUUUAAUCCUGGUCAGGAUCCCCCACAGCUUCUUUUCAUAAAGAAAGGCACCGCCAAGUCCAAAGCACAGUAGUUAAAACUGCUUUUAACAUAAUGUGUAAUUCUGGCUCUAAGUAGCUAGGUGAUUACUGUGUUAAGAGACUGGGACAUCUGUUAGAAAGAUUCCAUUAGAUAAGCAAAGCUCUGUCCUAUAACAGGAGCUAGUAUAACAUCUUGGGUUUUUUCCACUUUCUUUAUCAGUACUGUUCCAUUGCUACAAGAUGACAUCUAUUUUUUUGCACAGUGAGAUAUGCUUUUGUUUCAUUUUGUUUUUUGGAGGCUUGGAAUGUCUGAGCCAGCGCCAAAUCAUGUGAUUUCUCUGCUGUUGCCUAGACUAGAUAAAGAUUGCAGUAAUGUUCCAGAAAGAAGACAGCAAAGCUACUAAAGAGCAGGUUUUAUUUCUUCUAUGGGUGUUCCAGCACAUUUGCCUUUGGUGGAAGCCAUAAGCAAAGGACCAUAGCUCAGUGGUGGACAUAUGUACUACCUGCAAAAAGGGGUCAAGAUUCUCAACGCUGCCUAGAUGUUCCAGGAAUUGAAAGACCCCAUGUCUGAAACCCUACAGAAAUGCUAUGAGUCAGUGUAGGCUAUCCUGAACUAGAUAGACAAAUAGCCCAACUCAUUAUAAAGCAGUUCCUACGCUCCUAUGUAUCUGAAUAAUUAAUUAAUUCCCCACUCCUGUGUGACAAAGCCAGGUGGGCUACUACCACUUGAGUAAGGGGGUGGAAAUAUGUAGAGCAGCUAGGAGUCAGCAGUAGCAAAAGUAAAUCCUGGCAACAUUCUUGGGAUGUUCUAGAAAUAAGGUUGUACUCCUAUCCCUCCUUACCUGGGAGUAAGUUCCAUUGAACUCAGUAGGACUUACUUCUGAGUAGAUGCCUACACUAUAAUCCAGGGACUUGGCGUUAUUAGAACACUAAGGAAGUAGACUGUAAGCACUUUCUCUUUAGAUUGCCAGCUGAUCAAGGCUGGGACCUGGCCUCUGUGCAAAAUGCAAUUCAUAUUGAUGGCAUUAGAUAAAUAACAUUGAAAAGGGCAUCAGUGUAAGGUGUAGGGAUGUUGCAGCUACUGUUUACCAUGGAAUGGAAUCUACUAUUUUGGAACCGGCGUUAUAAGAUACAGUUUCAGUCACUGAACUCCUUCGUACUUUAAUUUUAAAUGCAAAGAGGAAAGUGAGAGCUCUGAGCUCUAAGAACAAGUUCCAAGACAACAUGCCAGAAUAAGAAUUUAAGUCUUUGCCCUGCAAACAUAUGUUCAUGCUUGGGAAAUUUAAAUCAAAGAGGUAUUUCAGACACUUCUGCAUGAAGACUACAGGACCAGAAUUCCUUAAGGAUGGGUAAUGUUUUUCAAGCUGAGAGCCACAUAACCUUCUGAUCAAUCUUGCAAGGGCCAAAAUGGGUGGAGUAACAAAUGUAAUUUUUACCUUUUGUACAAUAGGCUAUUUUGUACUAGCACUCAAGCACCCUGCCUCUAUCCUCCCCAUAACAGAGUUCAAAGACACGAUCCAGAUGGGCAUAUUUGGGGUGCAAAGCUUGGCAUGUGAAGGGUAUGACCUGAGGAGAAUUCCAAGGGCCAGACAAAGAGGUCUGGGGGGCGGGGGGACACAAUUCAUCCCUCUGCCUGAUAUUUCCCAUCCUUGUCCUACAUAGUAUAAUCACAUUUCAUCCUCUGCUUCUUUGAAAAGUUAAUUGUCAAUAGAGAGCCAAAUAAAUAAUUAUUUAAAUAUUGGAACAUGUAUUUGAACAGGACUACCUGGCUGUAAAUGUUCUCAUAUGUUCUUACUUAGGAGCUCAAAAAAGCAAUAAUGGAAGAUAUGGUGCAGUUAGGGAAAGAGAGUGGACUUCAUUCAUUUGAACAGGUAAAUACUAAAUACUGAUGAUAGCUUUUGAUUACUAGAUGCAGAUGAGCUGCUUCUUUGUGAUUGAAUAGCAGGGAUUUUAGCAUGCAUUAUGUAAAAGCCCCAAUGCCUCGCUUAUGCUUUGUGGUUUAGUACUCAAAUGUGUAUUUUUCUAUGAAAUAAAACUAUCCUUGUCUGUUUAUGAAUGCAUGAAAGGUAAUGUUAAAGAAGGUCUCUCUAUGAUAGAUAACAUGAUAAAAUAUUUGAAACACCAUUCCAUUCAAGCCAAGAGCAGUAUUGGAAAGUCAGCUUAAUUACCAUUCUUGUAGCUGACCUGGAAAAUACAGCUGUUCUGUUUGUCCCCCAUCCAUGGACUAAUCUCCUCCUGACGUAGGUAUUUUUGCGGCAGACCUACAAACCUCCAAUAAGGGAAGUUCAAAAAUGGACAUUAUGUACUCCUCUCUCUCCCCCCCCCCUCUCUCACACAUCUUUUAAGAAGUGUGAUCUAAAACAAGGUCAUGUUGUGAUUCUAUUAUUUUUAAAAACACAAAUGUAACAGCUGUAACAUUCGUAUAAUGACAUAAAUUCCUAAGCGUGCCUGCAUUUGUGCACUAGAUUUGGCAACAGCACAAUAAAUGCACUUGCAGUGUCAUAAUGCAUGCACUAAACAAGAAUAGAGACUAUAGAAACUAAUUCCACAUAAAGCUUUCCUGCUUUUUCAAAAACUGGUCUAUAAAAAAAUGUUGAGAACUGACUGUCUCUUAAAAUUGCUUUUUCUCCCAUGCUGUAAACCUCCCUGUGAUGAAAUAUACUAAUCUAUCAAUUCAUCUAAUAUAAUCUUUGGGGGUAUGGGGGGCACAUAUGCCUGUGUUCUCUGCAGCAUUUCAGCACUGUGUAGUGAGGUGGGCGGGGGGAGCCCUCCUAAAUGAAUUCUUAAAAUCACAAGCAGGAAACAUGGGUACAAAGAAGAUAUUAAGGGCAAAGCCUUUUCCUCUACAGUCACUGCCAGCUGCCUGGGUAAUGAUUUUGGGUGUUCUUAGCUCAGGGAGGCAACAAAGAAUCAAAAAUAUGCAAGUUGCAUUGCACCCAGUACCUCUUAUAAUGAGCUCCUGACACUUAAAUGAACAAAUGCACAUUUAAACAUCAUAGUUUCCUAUGAGGUCUAUAUUCAGGAUUAACACAUGAUUUAACACUGCUUUCUGCAACACAGAAGAUGGAUGGCUAAUGUGUUAUUCUUUAAUUGUAAAAAUGCAAAUAAAACAUAAAUGAUCCUUAAGUUGCUUCCAGAAUUAAUGCUUAGCACCAACACAUUUUUAACAGCAGCAGCAAAGAUUUUGCCAACAUGAAACUUUGAAGUGUGCACUGCAGUUCAUUUUCAGUGCUAAAGGUAGUCAAGUGUUUUAAAAGUUAAAAUUUAAUUUUCCCUAGUGCCAGUUAUUUCUGCAGAAGGUGGAGAGAACUCAGCAUGUCCUCAUUAUGUCUCAAUCCUAGAAUCGAGCCUUUUAAGAUUGUUUUUGAUGCAGAAAUGUAUUUUUAAAAGUCUGUUGAUAAAAUAUACCUUGUGUCUGCCAUUAAAUGCCAAGUGAUAACAACAACAGCCAAAUUUAGAAUUUCUGUUCCAAUGUCUCUGGGAGAUAUAUACUAAAGCAACAGGGACAGAACCUCAUCCAUGCAGCAAGCUACCUCAUUCUCAAAUAAGCAUGCACAGGAUUGCACACUAAAUUUGUUCACCUUUCAAUAACAAGCCACGCAAAUAAAAAGCGACAAAACUUCUAAAUAUCUAAAUAGUCUGGGUUGUAUUAAGGAGCCAGAUAAACAAAAAUACAGAGUGACUGCUUACUAUAAUUUAUGCUGUAAAAGUCACAUGCUUUGCCCUAUGGGGGGGACACCUUUUGUUCAAAAAGCCAGUGUAUUGGGCAAAGCUAGGGACAUUAUUGAUGAAUUGCUGCAACUAAAAGGCCAAAUUUAAAAGUAGGCAGGUGUUAGCACUGAGCUAUUACAUCCUACAUAGGAGUGGGUGUGCAGAAUAAUACUUGGCAGUGACCAAUGUGAUAUGUCUGGAACACAGCUAUCAAAUCAGCCGUUUCCUUUUAUUCAACGUUACAGUAUAUUUUUAUAAACAUGUUGACUUGUUUCCCCCCCCCCAUAGGUUAAAGCUGUUUACAUCUACCCCGAAAUGUUCUCUGUACAAAAUGGUUUGUUGACACCUACGUUAAAAGCUAGGAGACCGGAGCUGAGAGAAUUUUUCAAGAAACAGAUAGAAGAGCUUUAUUCAAGCAUCUCCAUCUGACACCAGGGGAAAGUUCUUCAGAAUAAUGGACUCUGUAGCAACAUUAGGAUAAUACUGAAACGUGAAAAGGGCGCAGUUGAAACGAAUAAGCAUCUGACCUUCCACGCAAGCCUUCUGUUGUCGGAAGACACCAUCACUGAGUAAUUCUUUUACCAUCUAGUUCUAGUUCCUCUUGUUGUAAUGGAUGCUCUUGAAGAUUGCUUAAAAACAUACUGGACAACCGUUAAGCUACUUUCAAUCCCACUCCUUCUGAAAGCCUUUUACAGACACCUUUGUUAUUAAUACCUGCAAAAACAUAAACAAAGAUCCCUUAGCAAACAGGAAAGAAAAGCAGACUGGACCUGCCCAUUUUGUAUGGCACUCCUCUAAGCUCCUGGAUGAUUCAAUAAUGUGAUAGGGUUUCCAGAUGUCUCUCUGUAUGGGUACCAUUAAGAACUCUUUAGAAGCAAGCAGUUCCCAGGUUGCACAUCAUGCACACACCUUCCUUAGCAUGGUACGGCACCUUCCUUCGUGUGGUGUAGCUUCACCCUUGGCUGCUACUGCGUGCAUAUGUGGCCAAGAACUCCUCACUGCAACUGAGCUCUUAAAAGUACCAGGGUCCCACUCAGCGAGAUAUCUGACAAAGACUAGUGGUCUACCUCAAUGUUCUUGGAUGCUCAAAGCCAGAAAUAAAUCUGUUACCCUGAUGUAGAACUUAAAACUGGAAUUGUUUAAUCGUUCUUUAAGUGGUAGCACUUAUGCUUUCCCUGCAAGACAUAAAUUGAAUUCACCUUGUGCGAGCCAUUCACGAAAAGAACAGAAGGGAGGAAGAGUUUGGAUUUCAUAUGUAUGGAAGUAGGAAGAGCUUUGGAUUUCAUGCCUACUUAAUACAGUGUAGUGGCACAUGCUGGGUAAAUACUAACCUGUAAUUGCCAGAAAUGUCAGAAAUGUUACAGGCCCUGGAUUUUUUUGUAUUUCUUGUGUCUUGGAUGUUUCUGAAAUUAGCAAGGGAUCUCUGUGGGCUGCCCCUUUUAAAGAACUGACUGCCUUGUGUUGUGGCAGCUACCUGACAGCAACUUGCAAAACAGAAGGGUAGUUGGUAUAAACAUGCUGCAUAAUUUUGCAGCUUCCACUCCCCACCACCCCAGUGGAUUCCAAAUAGAAUAGGAUUUUGAGUCAGAGCUUUCCCUUUGCAGCACUUUAUAGCAGUGCACUUCAGGAGAACUGAGCUGGCUUUAAAUAAUUUAAAGAGGAUGCAGAGUCUUAACAAACAGCUGUUUGGCCACAUCAUCUGACUUUAAAGCAGCUUCUUCCAGCUUCUUCUUCCACCAGGCUAGCUUCUACUCCAAGUCCCCACCUCUUAUUCUCAUGCAUUCCGAUAGCAAGCACUUCUAAGCAAAUAGCAGUAAAGGCUUCACUCCCUUGACAAUGGCCUUGAGAGGGAUUCACUUGACUGAAUAAUAAAAAUAAAUGUAGAAAAAGAGCCUGUUCCCAUAUUUUUUUAGGCCAACACCUUAGAAAUUUGCCUAAACAAAUAAAUGUUUCAGUGGAGAAACUCACGCUUGCUCUGGAGAACCUGCACAAGCCUUCUUAUGAUGCCCAGGAAUUGCAAGUAGAUCAGGGAUGAGAACAAGCCAGGUGGUGCUGGACGCCCAAUGCCCCAUCCACCAGCACAUCCAGUAGUCAGAGCUGAUAGGACUUGCUGAAGUUCCCUCUCUCUUAUGCAACUACUCAAGGUGCCGGGGCCAUGUCCCCUUCUGCAUCUGACUACCUUAAAUAUAGUUUUCUGCUCUGAAGUAGUCAUUUGAUUCAAGGGUUGGGGAACCUGCAGCUGGGCUAAAACUCCAUUCACACCUGACAGCUGACCAUGCUGGGUGAGGCUGAUGGGACUCAGGAGUUCAACACCAUCUGGAGGGCAACAGGUUCCCUACCCUGGCAUAGUUAGUACUAGUACCUGCAUACAGGAGGACACAAGAAGAUCUCUGCUGGAUCAAACCUAAACCCAGUCUACUCCACCAUUCUGUUUCUACAGUGGCCUGCCAGGUGUUCAUGGGAAUCCUGCAACAUGAGUGUAGCAGCACCAUUCCUACUUGUAUUCCUAACACUGGCAGUAGAUCAUAGCUAUCAAUAUAAGUAGCCAUUGAAAGCUUUACCCUCCAUGAAUUUGUCUCUCUUUUAAAGCCAUCCAAGCUGGUGGCCAUCAAUAUCUUGCGGUAGUGAAUUCCACAAUUUAACUAUGCACAAAAAUAGUAUUUCCUGAAACUUCCAACAUUCAACUUCAUCGAAGUUCUAUAUAUACUUUCUGCACAUCAUGCAUAAUUUCAUACACCUCUGUUAUGGAUGCAUGUUUGCCUUUUCCCCAAACUAGAAAGCCCUAAAUAUUGGGAUCUUUCCUUAUAAGGGAGUGUAUUGUUUUGGUUGGCCCUUCCUGCACAACUAUUCCUCAGUGGUGGCUGUGGCAGGGUUAGGUGAAUGUCUGAGUUCAAAUGCCAUAGCUAUAUGAACACAGCCAUAGAACCAAAUCCAGUGCUAACAGAUUACAUGGCUUUCUUGAAACUGUCUCCCCAGACGUAGUUCAGAUUUUCUAAAGUUCUCAACACACAGCACCUAGCAUGGAGAAAGAAGCUUGUGACCAUAUUAAUACAGGAGCUGCUUCUGAUGUAGAUCAGCAUGAGUGGAAAAGCUGAAAGGUGGUGAAUAGGAUGGCAAGGUUCAAAAGAAGGCUUUCUGUAUAGAAGAGGGAAUUUUAGCAUCUGCAGUCUGCAUGACACCUGCUGAAUUUCCCCAUAUAUUUCACUAUUCAAGGAGCGGUAACUUGUCUUUUUUGCACCUGGAGCUCCCUAAUGUUACUUUUUCCAUGAGGAAACCUGGGAGGUUUUAGGACAUCUGAACUAUCCAUGAGACAUCAAGAAGUCUUGGGCUUGUUUGAGUUGAAGUAGACCUACUAUCUCCAUAUCAUCUUACCAAUAACUAUGGUGUUAAAUGAUUUACCCACAUGGAGCUGCUAAAUCAGUCAAGUUGAAGGGUGACCAAAGUGAACUUAAGAUUGCAAGAUUUUUUUUACAAAUUAGAGAGACGGCGAAUUAAUGAGCAAGUGUUUAUGCUGAGCCUGGUUAAUUAAUGUCUGUUCUGAACAAACUGUUAAGAUUUCAAAAGUGACUACACUUUUGAAGUAGUACUUCCAGUACAAAAAGUACUUCUUUUGUAGUUUUCAAAUGCCUGUUCUGAUUUCUUGAUAGCCCAGCUACAAAGGUUUCACUUUAUGCUUAAACUUACCUGAUUAUCCAGGUUCUAUCAGUGCAAAAGCAGAAUUAAAGCCAGUAAUUUAGGCUUCACUGUCUGGGCAUAAGUCUCACUGAACUCAAUGGGACUAACUUCUAGUAGCUAUGUAUAGACUGCACUGUUAGAUCCACACUUGAAUACUAGGCUGCAAUUUUACAGCAGAUAAUGACACCACGUACUUUUCAUAUUCAUUGGAGGAGGAAGGUACACAAGUUUGUUGUGUGUGUUCUUUUCAUUUAGGUUAAGGCAUUGCUUGGGAAUGAUUUUCUAAAUGCUUACUUCCCUGAGCUGUAAACACUGGAGAAAACUGGCCCACAGAUUAAAAGCAGGUCUAUAUGAAAUUGAGGAUUUGUAGUUGGCACUGGCUCUAAAAUUCUCUCAUGGCCCCAAUUUACAAUCUACAAAGGUUACUUAGAUAUUUAUUGAACUUUUACUUGAAGCAGUACAUAGGAACAUAUUGGGCAGGAUCCAGCCAAAGCCCCUUGGGUAUGAUCCAGCCACCAUUCUCUUUGAUUUCAGUUAGACAAGCAUUUUCUUAAAUCUUAGAUAUUUUCUAGUGAAACCAAGAGUUCUUAAAAUGAUUAACACUGGUUGGCUCUAGCAUAUUUUUCUUAAAGAAAAAAAUUCAAUUGUGCAUUUCCCUUCAUUGAGGAAUUGCAAUUUCUUAAACCAUCAUAAGGAAAAUCCCAGUAAUCACAAUUGCCCACUCUAGUGGCUAAGUUGUGAAUGUUGUUCAAUAUACACAAACCCACACAAGUUUGCUGCAGAAAAAGGAGCCAAGCUACGGCUUGGCCCUAUAUGCUUGCUAAACAUUGCAAGAUGUAUUACACUGCAGUUAGGCAAAUAGGACAAACACUAUGACCUAGGGACAGAUUGCUAUCUGCCUGUCGUUUGCAAUGGAUAUCUGUCUCUGGAUUCAAAGACUACUAGGGAGUAUGCAUCCUUGAACUUUAGGUGCCCUUUAUAUGAUAUGACGGUAGCAUGAGAGCCACUUACUCCUGGCUUUAUGCCACAUUCAUGUUGCAACAUUUAAGAGCCUGGCAGCACUUGAGUUAAGCAUCAUACAGGUCCUUCCCACCCAAUCAUCACCCUUUUACCUCACCUAUGAAACAAGUACAUUAGAAGAACCCAUUGCUGCUGUGCUGGUUGCCCACAUGGCCAUGUGCUUUUAAAAGUUAUAAAGGCAAAAUAUAGUGCCAUAAUUGUAAUGAAUGAAUGUGGUUCCUACAUUGUACCCAGAAUACAAGAAGGACACCUUACCAAGUAAACAUGCAUACCCUGAGCUGUCAGUACUU